AUGUAUAUGUCUGUCUUCCCUUCAUACUUCUUUCCUCCCCCCCACUCUCUCUCUCUCUCUCUCACUAUCUCUUUCUCUCCCUAUUCUGGUAUUUUCAUAUUUAUUAUCUCAGGCUGCCCUGUCCUACCUAUCUAUCUAUCUAUCGUUGAAAAUGCUCUUAUUCUGUGUUGUUGCAUUGUGCGCCGUCUCCGGCUGUUUCAGAGUUUCUACAGCUCUUAUUCUGUGUUGCAUUGUUCGCCGUCUCCGGCGUUUCGCAGCUAUCAUUCCAUGUUCGAUUUAUUCGCCUCACAGUUUCACAGCUCUUAUUCUGUGUUGCAUUGUGCGCCGUCUCCGGCGUUUUCUAUCAUUCUAUGUUCGAUGUCUAUGUUCGAUUUACUGUCGCCUCCAGAGUUUUCUACAGCUAUCAUUCUAUGUGAUUUUGUCGCCUCCCAGAGUUGCGCCUUAUUCUCCGUUCGUUUCCGGCAGCUAUCAUUCUAUGUUCGAUUUACUGUCGCCUCCAGAGUUUCUACAGCUCUUAUUCUGUGUUGCAUUGUGCGCCGUCUCCGGCGUCUAUCAUUCUAUGUUCGAUUUACUGUCGCCUCCAGAGUUUCUACAGCUCUUAUUCUGUGUUGCAUUGUGCGCCGUCUCCGGCGUUUCUACAGCUAUCAUUCUAUGUUCGAUUUCUGUCGCCUGUUUUCGCUCUUAUUCUGUGUUAUUGUCGCCGUCUCCGGCAGCUAUCAUUCUAUGUUCGAUUUUUGUCGCCUCCAGAGUUUCUACAGCUCUUAUUCUGUGUUGCAUUGUGCGCCGUCUCCGGCGUUUUACAGCUAUCAUUCUAUGUUCGAUUUACUGUCGCCUCCAGAGUUUCUACAGCUCUUAUUCUGUGUUGCAUUGUGCGCCGUCUCCGGCGUUUCUACAGCUAUCAUUCUAUGUUCGAUUUACUGUCGCCUCCAGAGUUUCUACAGCUCUUAUUCUGUGUUGCAUUGUGCGCCGUCUCCGGCGUUUUUACAGCUAUCAUUCUAUGUUCGAUUUACUGUCGCCUCCAGAGUUUCUACAGCUCUUAUUCUGUGUUGCAUUGUGCGCCGUCUCCGGCGUUUUACAGCUAUCAUUCUAUGUUCGAUUUACUGUCGCCUCCAGAGUUUCUACAGCUCUUAUUCUGUGUUGCAUUGUGCGCCGUCUCCGGCGUUUUACAGCUAUCAUUCUAUGUUCGAUUUACUGUCGCCUCCAGAGUUUCUACAGCUCUUAUUCUGUGUUGCAUUGUGCGCCGUCUCCGGCGUUUUUACAGCUAUCAUUCUAUGUUCGAUUUACUGUCGCCUCCAGAGUUUUUUCUACAGCUCUUAUUCUGUGAUUUGCAGAUUAUUCUGCGCCGUCUCCGGCGUUUCUACAGCCUAUCAUUCUAUGUUCGAUUUACUGUCGCCUCCAGAGUUUUACAGCUCUUAUUCUGUGUUGCAUUGUGCGCCGUCUCCGGCGUUUCUACAGCUAUCAUUCUAUGUUCGAUUUACUGUCGCCUCCAGAGUUUCUACAGCUCUUAUUCUGUGUUGCAUUGUGCGCCGUCUCCGGCGUUUUUACAGCUAUCAUUCUAUGUUCGAUUUACUGUCGCCUCCAGAGCUAUCAUUUUCUACAGCUCUUAUUCUGUGUUGCUCUUAUUGUGCGCCGUCUCCGGCGUUUUACAGCUAUCAUUCUAUGUUCGAUUUACUGUCGCCUCAGAGUUUCUACAGCUCUUAUUCUGUGUUGCAUUGUGCGCCGUCUCCGGCGUUUUACAGCUAUCAUUCUAUGUUCGAUUUACUGUCGCCUCCAGAGUUUCUACAGCUCUUAUUCUGUGUUGCAUUGUGCGCCGUCUCCGGCGUUUCCACAGCUAUCAUUCUAUGUUCGAUUUACUGUCGCCUCAGAGUUUCUACAGCUCUUAUUCUGUAUUUGCAUUGUGCGCCGUCUCCGGCGUUUCUACAGCUAUCAUUCUAUGUUCGAUUUACUGUCGCCUCCAGAGUUUCUACAGCUCUUAUUCUGUGUUGCAUUGUGCGCCGUCUCCGGCGUUUCUACAGCUAUCAUUCUAUGUUCGAUUUACUGUCGCCUCCAGAGUUUCUACAGCUCUUAUUCUGUGUUGCAUUGUGCCGUCUCCGGCGUUUUUACAGCUAUCAUUCUAUGUUCGAUUUACUGUCGCCUCCAGAGUUUCUACAGCUCUUAUUCUGUGUGUUGCCGUUGUGCGUUUCCAGCUAUCAUUCUAUGUUCGAUUUACUGUCGCCUCCAGAGUUUCUACAGCUCUUAUUCUGCCAGAGUUUCUACAGCUCUUAUUCUGUGUUGCAUUGUGCGCCGUCUCCGGCGUUUCUACAGCUAUCAUUCUAUGUUCGAUUUACUGUCGCCUCCAGAGUUUCUACAGCUCUUAUUCUGUGUUGCAUUGUGCGCCGUCUCCGGCGUUUCUACAGCUAUCAUUCUAUGUUCGAUUUACUGUCGCCUCCAGAGUUUCUACAGCUCUUAUUCUGUGUUGCAUUGUGCGCCGUCUCCGGCGUUUCUACAGCUAUCAUUCUAUGUUCGAUUUACUGUCGCCUCCAGAGUUUCUACAGCUCUUAUUCUGUGUUGCAUUGUGCGCCGUCUCCGGCGUUUCUACAGCUAUCAUUCUAUCUAUCAUUCUAUGUUCGAUUUACUGUCGCCUCCAGAGUUUCUACAGCUCUUAUUCUGUGUUGCAUUUGCGCCGUCUCCGGCGUUUCUACAGCUAUCAUUCUAUGUUCGAUUUACUGUCGCCUCCAGAGUUUCUACAGCUCUUAUUCUGUGUUGCAUUGUGCGCCGUCUCCGGCGUUUUUACAGCUAUCAUUCUAUGUUCGAUUUACUGUCGCCUCCAGAGUUUCUACAGCUCUUAUUCUGUGUUGCAUUGUGCGCCGUCUCCGGCGUUUCUACAGCUAUCAUUCUAUGUUCGAUUUACUGUCGCCUCCAGAGUUUCUACAGCUCUUAUUCUGUGUUGCAUUGUGCGCGGCGUUUCCAUCAUUCCAUGUUCGUUUCUUACAGAGCUAUCUUAUUCUGUUCGAUUUGCGCCGUGUCGCCUCCAGAUGUUUUUACUACAGCUCUUAUUCUGUGUUGCAUUGUGCGCCGUCUCCUCGUUUCUACAGCUAUCAUUCUAUGUUCGAUUUACUGUCGCCUCCAGAGUUUCUACAGCUCUUAUUCUGUGUGUUGCAUUGUGCGCCGUCUCCGGCGUUUUACAGCUAUCAUUCUAUGUUCGAUUUACUGUCGCCUCCAGAGUUUCUACAGCUCUUAUUCUGUGUUGCAUUGUGCGCCGUCUCCGGCGUUUCUACAGCUAUCAUUCUAUGUUCGAUUUACUGUCGCCUCCAGAGUUUCUACAGCUCUUAUUCUGUGUUGCAUUGUGCGCCGUCUCCGGCGUUUCUACAGCUAUCAUUCUAUGUUCUAUGUUCGACUGUCGCCUCCAGAGUUUCUACAGCUCUUAUUCUGUGUUGCAUUGUCUACAGCUAUCAUUCUAUGCCGUCUCCGCCGCGUUUCUACAGCUAUCAUUCUAUGUUCGAUUUACUGUCGCCUCCAGAGUUUCUACAGCUCUUAUUCUGUUGUUCCGGCGCAUCAUUCUAUGUUCGCUGUCGCCUAGUUUCAGCUCUUAUUCUGUGUUGCAUUGUGCCGUCUCCGUCGUUUUACAGCUAUCAUUCUAUGUUCGAUUUACUGUCGCCUCCAGAGUUUCUACAGCUCUUAUUCUGUGUUGCAUUGUGCGCCGUCUCCGGCGUUUCUACAGCCAUCAUUCUAUGUUCGAUUUACUGUCGCCUCCAGAGUUUCUACAGCUCUUAUUCUGUGUUGCAUUGUGCCGUCUCCGGCGUUUCUACAGCUAUCAUUCUAUGUUCGAUUUACUGUCGCCUCCAGAGUUUCUACAGCUCUUAUUCUGUGUUGCAUUUGCGCCGUCUCCGGCGUUUCUACAGCUAUCAUUCUAUGUUCGAUUUACUGUCGCCUCCAGAGUUUCUACAGCUCUUAUUCUGUGUUGCAUUGUUCGCCGUCUCCGGCGUUUGCACAGCUAUCAUUCUAUGUUCGAUUUACUGUCGCCUCCAGAGUUUCUACAGCUCUUAUUCUGUGUUGCAUUGUGCGCCGUCUCCGGCGUUUCUACAGCUAUCAUUCUAUGUUCGAUUUACUGUCGCCUCCAGAGUUUCUACAGCUCUUAUUCUGUGUUGCAUUGUGCGCCGUCUCCGGCGUUUCUACAGCUAUCAUUCUAUGUUCGAUUUACUGUCGCCUCCAGAGUUUUCUACAGCUCUUAUUCUGUGUUGCAUUGUGCGCCGUCUCCGGCGUUUCUACAGCUAUCAUUCUAUGUUCGAUUUACUGUCGCCUCCAGAGUUUCUACAGCUCUUAUUCUGUGUUGCAUUGUGCGCCGUCUCCGGCGUUUCUACAGCUAUCAUUCUAUGUUCGAUUUACUGUCGCCUCCAGAGUUUCUACAGCUCUUAUUCUGUGUUGCAUUGUGCGCCGUCUCCGGCGUUUCUACAGCUAUCAUUCUAUGUUCGAUUUACUGUCGCCUCCAGAGUUUCUACAGCUCUUAUUCUGUGUUGCAUUGUGCGCCGUCUCCGGCGUUUCUACAGCUAUCAUUCUAUGUUCGAUUUACUGUCGCCCCAGAGUUUCUACAGCUCUUAUUCUGUGUUGCAUUGUGCGCCGUCUCCGGCGUUUCUACAGCUAUCAUUCUAUGUUCGAUUUACUGUCGCCUCCAGAGUUUCUACAGCUCUUAUUCUGUGUUGCAUUGUUCGCCGUCUCCGGCGUUUCUACAGCCAUCAUUCUAUGUUCGAUUUACUGUCGCCUCCAGAGAGCUCUUAUUCUGUACAGCUCUUAUUCUGUGUUGCAUUGUGCGCCGUCUCCGGCGUUUCUACAGCUAUCAUUCUAUGUUCGAUUUACUGUCGCCUCCAGAGUUUCUACAGCUCUUAUUCUGUAUUUGCUCUCCGGCGAGCUAUCAUUCAGCUACUGUCGCCUUAUUCUGUGUUGCAUUGUGCGCCGUCUCCGGCGUUUCUACAGCCAUCAUUCUAUGUUCGAUUUACUGUCGCCUCCAGAGUUUCUACAGCUCUUAUUAUUCUGUGUUCCGGCAUUUCACAGCCGUCAUUCUAUGUUCGUUUCAGAGCUUAUCAUUCUAUGUUUGAUUUGCUGUCGUCUCCAGCGUUUCUACAGCUAUCUCAUGUUAUUCUGUGUUUUUCUUAUUCUGUGCGCCGUCUCCGGCGUUUCUACAGCUAUCAUUCUAUGUUCGAUUUACUGUCGCCUCCAGAGUUUCUACAGCUCUUAUUCUGUGUUGCAUUGUUCGCCGUCUCCGGCGUUUCCAGCCAUCAUUCUAUGUUCGAUUUACUGUCGCCUCCAGAGUUUCUACAGCCUUAUUCUGUGUUGCAUUGUGCGCCGUCUCCGGCGUUUCUGCCAGCUAUCAUUCUAUGUUCGAUUUACUGUCGCCCAGAGUUUCACAGCUCUUAUUCUGUGUUGCAUUGUGCGCCGUCUCCGGCGUUUCUACAGCUAUCAUUCUAUGUUCGAUUUACUGUCGCCUCCAGAGUUUCUACAGCUCUUAUUCUGUGUUGCAUUGUGCGCCGUCUCCGUCGUUUUUACAGCUAUCAUUCUAUGUUCGAUUUACUGUCGCCUCAGAGUUUCUACAGCUCUUAUUCUGUGUUGCAUUGUGCGCCGUCUCCGGCGUUUCUACAGCUAUCAUUCUAUGUUCGAUUUACUGUCGCCUCCAGAGUUUCUACAGCUCUUAUUCUGUGUUGCAUUGUGCGCCGUCUCCGGCGUUUCUACAGCUAUCAUUCUAUGUUCGAUUUACUGUCGCCCAGAGUUUCUACAGCUCUUAUUCUGUGUUGCAUUGUGCGCCGUCUCCGGCGUUUCUACAGCUAUCAUUCUAUGUUCGAUUUACUGUCGCCUCCAGAGUUUCUACAGCUCUUAUUCUGUGUUGCAUUGUGCGCCGUCUCCGUCGUUUUCUACAGCUAUCAUUCUAUGUUCGAUUUACCGUCGCCUCCAGAGUUUUCUACAGCUCUUAUUCUGUGUUGCAUUGUGCGCCGUCUCCGGCGUUUCGAUUUACUGUCGCCUCAGAGUUUCUACAUCUUAUUCUAUGUUCGAUUUACUGUCGCCUCCAGAGUUUCUACAGCUCUUAUUCUGUGUUGUAUUCUCCGGCGCCGCUAUCUCCGGCGUUUUCGCCUCCAGAGUUUCUACAGCUCUUAUCAUUCUAUGUUCGAUUAUUACUGUCGCCUCCAGAGUUUCUACAGCUCUUAUUCUGUGUUUGUAUUGUGCGCCGUCUCCGGCGUUUCUACAGCUAUCAUUCUAUGUUCGAUUUACUGUCGCCUCCAGAGUUUCUACAGCUCUUAUUCUGUGUUGCAUUGUGCGCCGUCUCCGGCGUUUUCUACAGCUAUCAUUCUAUGUUCGAUUUACUGUCGCCCAGAGUUUUCUACAGCUCUUAUUCUGUAUUUGCAUUGCGCCGUCUCCGGCGUUUCACAGCUAUCAUUCUAUGUUCGAUUUACUGUCGCCCAGAGUUUCUACAGCUCUUAUUCUGUGUUGCGCCGUCUCCGGCGUUUCUACAGCCUAUCAUUCUAUGUUCGAUUUACUGUCGCCUCCAGAGUUUCUACAGCUCUUAUUCUGUGUUGCAUUUGUCCGGCGCGCCUAUGUUCGAUUUCUGUCGUCGUUUCUACAGCUAUCAUUCUAUGUUCGAUUUACUGUCGCCUCCAGAGUUUCUACAGCUCUUAUUCUGUGUUGCAUUGUGCGCCGUCUCCGGCGUUUCUACAGCCAUCAUCAGAUUCCACAUUGUAUGUUCGAUUUAUCGUCGCCUCCAGAGUUUUUGCACAGCUCUUAUUCUGUGUUGCAUUGUGCGCCGUCUCCGGCGUCGCAGCUAUCAUUCUAUGUUCGAUUUACUGUCGCCUCCAGAGUUUCUACAGCUCUUAUUCUGUGUUGCAUUGUGCGCCGUCUCCGGCGUUUCUACAGCUAUCAUUCUAUGUUCGAUUUACUGUCGCCUCCAGAGUUUCUACAGCUCUUAUUCUGUGUUGCAUUGUGCGCCGUCUCCGGCGUUUCUACAGCCAUAUUCUGUUCGAUUUACUGUCGCCCAGAGUUGUGCGUUUCUUAUCAUUCUAUGUUCGAUUUACUGUCGCCUCCAGAGUUUCUACAGCUCUUAUUCUGUGUUGCAUUGUGCGCCGUCUCCGGCGUUUUUUCAGCCAUCAUUCUAUGUUCGAUUUACUGUCGCCUCAGAGUUUUACAGCUCUUAUUCUGUGUUGCAUUGUGCGCCGUCUCCGGCGUUUUUACAGCUAUCAUUCUAUGUUCGAUUUACUGUCGCCUCAGAGUUUCUACAGCUCUUAUUCUGUGUUGCAUUGUGCGCCGUCUCCGGCGUUUCUACAGCCAUCAUUCAUUCUAUGUUCGAUUUACUGUCGCCUCCAGAGUUUCUACAGCUCUUAUUCUGUGUUGCAUUGUGCGCCGUCUCCGGCGUCUCAUCAUUCUAUGUUCGAUUUUGUCGCCUCCAGAGUUUCAGCUCUUAUUCUGUGUUGCAUUGUGCGCCGUCUCCGGCGUUUCUACAGCUAUCAUUCUUCUAUGUUCGAUUUACUGUCGCCUCCAGAGUUUCUACAGCUCUUAUUCUGUGUUUGCAUUGUGCGCCGUCUCCGGCGUUUCUACAGCUAUCAUUCUAUGUUCGAUUUACUGUCGCCUCCAGAGUUUCUACAGCUCUUAUUCUGUGUUGCAUUGUUCGCCGUCUCCGGCGUUUCUACAGCUAUCAUUCUAUGUUCGAUUUAUUCUGUCGCCUCCAGAGUUUCUACAGCUCUUAUUCUGUGUUGCAUUGUGCGCCGUCUCCGGCGUUUUUACAGCUAUCAUUCUAUGUUCGAUUUACUGUCGCCUCCAGAGUUUCUACAGCUCUUAUUCUGUGUUGCAUUGUGCGCCGUCUCCGUCGUUUCUACAGCCAUCAUUCUAUGUUCGAUUUACUGUCGCCUCCAGAGUUUUACAGCUCUUAUUCUGUGUUGCGGUAUUGCGCCGUCCGGCGUUUACAGCUAUCAUUCUAUGUUCGAUUUACUGUCGCCUCCAGAGUUUCUACAGCUCUUAUUCUGUGUGUUGCUUAUUUGUGCGCCGUCUCCGGCGUUUCUACAGCUAUCAUUCUAUGUUCGAUUUACUGUCGCCUCCAGAGUUUCUACAGCUCUUAUUCUGUGUUGCAUUGUGCGCCGUCUCCGGCGUUUCUACAGCUAUCAUUCUAUGUUCGAUUUACUGUCGCCUCCAGAGUUUCUACAGCUCUUAUUCUGUGUUGCAUUGUGCCGUCUCCGGCGUUUUCUACAGCUAUCAUUCUAUGUUCGAUUUACUGUCGCCUCCAGAGUUUCUACAGCUCUUAUUCUGUGUUGCAUUGUGCGCCGUCUCCGGCGUUUCUACAGCUAUCAUUCUAUGUUCGAUUUACUGUCGCCUCAGAGUUUCUACAGCUCUUAUUCUGUGUUGCAUUGUGCGCCGUCUCCGGCGUUUUACAGCUAUCAUUCUAUGUUCGAUUUACUGUCGCCUCCAGAGUUUCUACAGCUCUUAUUCUGUGUUGCAUUGUGCGCCGUCUCCGGCGUUUCUAUCAUUCUAUGUUCAUUCUAUCCAGAGUUUCGAUUUAUUCUGUCUCUUAUUCUGUGUUGUAUUUGCGCCGUCUGCGUUUUUCGCUAUCAUUCUAUGUUCGAUUUUACUGUCGCCUCCAGAGUUUCUACAGCUCUUAUUCUGUGUUGCAUUGUGCGCCGUCUCCGGCGUUUCUACAGCUAUCAUUCUAUGUUCGAUUUACUGUCGCCUCCAGAGUUUCUACAGCUCUUAUUCUGUGUUGCAUUGUGCGCCGUCUCCGGCGUUUCUACAGCUAUCAUUCUAUGUUCGAUUUACUGUCGCCUCCAGAGUUUCUACAGCUCUUAUUCUGUGUUGCAUUGUGCGCCGUCUCCGGCGUUUCUGUAUCAUUCUAUGUUCGAUUUACUGUCGCCUCCAGAGUUUCUACAGCUCUUAUUCUGUGUUGCAUUGUGCGCCGUCUCCGGCGUUUUACAGCUAUCAUUCUAUGUUCGAUUUACUGUCGCCUCCAGAGUUUCUACAGCUCUUAUUCUGUGUUGCAUUUCUAAUAGCCAUCAUUCUAUGUUCCGUCUCCGGCGCUUAUUUUUUUCUCCGGCGUUUCUUGUACAGCUCUUAUUCUGUGUUGCAUUGUGCGCCGUCUCCGGCGUUUCUACAGCUCUUAUCAUUCUAUGUUCGAUUUACUGUCGCCUCCAGAGUUUCUACAGCUCUUAUUCUGUGUUGCAUUGUGCGCCGUCUCCGGCGUUUCUACAGCUAUCAUUCUAUGUUCGAUUUACUGCAUGUCGCCUCCAGAGUUUCUACAGCUCUUAUUCUGUGUUUCCGCGUUUUGCGCUAUCAUUCCGUCUCCGGCGUUUCUACAGCUAUCAUUCUAUGUUCGAUUUACUGUCGCCUCCAGAGUUUCUACAGCUCUUAUUCUGUGUUGCAUUGUGCGCCGUCUCGGCGUUUCUACAGCUCAUCAUUCUAUGUUCGAUUUACUGUCGCCUCCAGUCGUUUCUAUUCUAUGCUCUUAUUCUGUGUUGCAUUGUGCGCCGUCUCCGGCGUUUUUACAGCUAUCAUUCUAUGUUCGAUUUACUGUCGCCUCAGAGUUUUCAGCUCUUAUUCUGUGUUGCAUUGUGCCGUCUCCGGCGUUUCUACAGCUAUCAUUCUAUGUUCGAUUUACUGUCGCCCAGAGUUUCGCCUCCAUUGUGCGCCGUCUCCGCUAUCAUUCUAUGUUCGAUUUUACUGUCGCCUCCAGCCGUCUCCGGCGUUUCUACUGGCUAUCAUUCUUAUUUCUGUCGCCUGUUUUUGCUCAUUCUGUCUUUGCAUUGCGCCGUCUCCGGCGUUUCUACAGCUAUCAUUCUAUGUUCGAUUUACUGUCGCCUCCAGGUUUCUACAGCUCUUAUUCUGUGUUGCAUUGUGCGCCGUCUCCAGCGUUUGGCCAGCUAUCAUUCUAUGUUCGAUUUACUGUCGCCUCCAGAGUUUCUACAGCUCUUAUUCUGUGUUGCAUUGUGCGCCGUCCGGCGUUUUACAACCUAUCAUUCUAUGUUUCGAUUUACUGUCGCCUCCAGAGUUUUCUACAGCUCUUAUUCUGUGUUGCAUUAUUGCGCCGUCUCCGGCGUUUCUACAGCUAUCAUUCUAUGUUCGAUUUACUGUCGCCUCCAGAGUUUCUACAGCUCUUAUUCUGUGUUGCAUUGUUCGCCGUCUCCGGCGUUUCUACAGCUAUCAUUCUAUGUUCGAUUUCUGUCGCCUACAGAGUUUUACUGGCUCUUAUUCUGUGUUGCAUUGUGCGCCGUCUCCGGCGUUUCUACGCCUAUCAUUCUAUGUUCGAUUUACUGUCGCCUCCAAGUUUCUACAGCUCUUAUUCUGUAUUUGCAUUGUGCGCCGUCUCCGGCGUUUCUACAUAUCAUUCUAUGUUCGAUUUACUGUCGCCUCCAGAGUUUCUACAGCUCUUAUUCUGUGUUGCAUUGGCCGCCGUCUCCGCGCGUUUUGCCAGCUAUCAUUCUAUGUUCGAUUUACUGUCGCCUCCAGAGUUUCUACAGCUCUUAUUCUGUUGCAUUGUGCGCCGUCUCCGGCGUUUCUACAGCUAUCAUUCUAUGUUCGAUUUACUGUCGCCUCCGGGUUUCCAGCUCUUAUUCUGUGUUGCAUUGUGCGCCGUCUCCGGCGUUUUGCAACUAUCAUUCUAUGUUCGAUUUACUGUCGCCUCCAGUUUCUACAGCUCUUAUUCUGUCUUUGCAUUGUGCGCCGUCUCCGGCGUUUUCUACAGCUAUCAUUCUAUGUUCGAUUUACCGUCGCCUCCAGAGUUUCUACAGCUCUUAUUCUGUGUUGCAUUUGCGCCGUCUCCGGCGUUUCUACAGCUAUCAUUCUAUGUUCGAUUUACUGUCGCCUCCAGAGUUCUACAGCUCUUAUUCUGUGUUGCAUUGUUCGCCGUCUCCGGCGUUUCUACAACUAUCAUUCUAUGUUCGAUUUACUGUCGCCUCCAGAGUUUUCUACAGCUCUUAUUCUGUGUUGCAUUGUGCGCCGUCUCCGGCGUUUCUGCAGCUAUCAUUCUAUGUUCGAUUUACUGUCCAGCCGAGUUUCUACAGCUCUUAUUCUGUGUUGCAUUGUGCGCCGUCUCCGGCGUUUCACAGCUAUCAUUCUAUGUUCGAUUUACUACCCGCCUCCAGAGUUUCUACAGCUCUUAUUCUGUGUUGCAUUGUGCGCCGUCUCCGGCGUUUCGCCAGCUAUCAUUCUAUGUUCGAUUUACUGUCGCCCAGAGGUUCUACAGCUCUUAUUCUGUGUUGCAUUGUGCGCCGUCUCGGCGUUUUCUACAGCUAUCCUUCUAUGUUCGAUUUAUCGCCUCCAGAGUUUCUACAGCUCUUAUUCUGUGUUGCAUUGUGCGCCGUCUCCGGCGUUUCGUUUUUACCUAUCAUUCUAUGUUCGAUUUACUGUCGCCUCCCAGAGUUUCUACAGCUCUUAUUCUGCCAAUUUGCAUUGUGCGCCGUCUCCGUCGUUUUCACAGCCUAUCAUUCUAUGUUCGAUUUACUGUCGCCUCCAGAGUUUCUACAGCUCUUAUUUCUGUGUUGCAUUGUUCGCCGUCUCCGGCGUUUCUACCCCCAUCAUUCUAUGUUCGAUUUUGUCGCCUCCAGAGUUUCUACAGCUCUUAUUCUGUGUUGCAUUGUUCGCCGUCUCCGGCGUUUUUACGCUAUCAUUCUAUGUUCGAUUUACUGUCGCUCUUAUUCUGUAUUUGCAUUGUGCGCCGUCUCCGGCGUUUCUACAGCCAUUUCUAUGUUCGAUUUACUGUGCUCAGAGUUUUGCCAGCUUCUAUUCUGUCUUUGCAUUGUGCGCCGUCUCCGGCGUUUCUACCUUCUAUCAUUCUAUGUUCGAUUUUACUGUCGCCUCCAGAGUUUCUACAGCUCUUAUUCUGUGUUGCAUUGUGCCGUCUCCGGCGUUUCUGCUAUCAUUCUAUGUUCGAUUUACUGUCGCCUCCAGAGUUUCUACAGCUCUUAUUGUCCAUUUGCAUUGUUCGCCGUCUCCGGCGUUUCUACAGCUUCAUCCUUCUCCCUGUUCGAUUUACUGUCGCCUCAGAGUUUCUACAGCUCUUAUUCUGUGUUGCAUUGUGCCGUCUCCGGCGUUUCUACACCUAUCAUUCUAUAUUCGAUUUACUGUCGCCUCCAGGUUUCUACAGCUCUUAUUCUGUGUUGCAUUGUGCGCCGUCUCCGUCGUUUCUACAGCUAUCAUUCUAUGUUCGAUUUACUGUCGCCUCAGAGUUUCUACAGCUCUUAUUCUGUGUUUGCAUUGUGCCGUCUCGGCGUUCUACAGCUAUCAUUCUAUAUUCCUGUCGCCUCCGGCUCUUAUUCUGUUUGCAUUGUUCGCCGUCUCCGGCGAUAUCAUUCUAUGUUCGAUUUUACUGUCGCCCAGAGUUUCUACAGCUCUUAUUCUGUAUUUGCAUUUGCGCCGUCUCCGGCGUUUUACAGCUAUCAUUCUAUGUUCGAUUUACUGUCGCCUCCAGUUUCACAGCUCUUAUUCUGUGAUUUGUGCGCCGUUCCGGCGUUUCACAACCUAUCAUUCAUGUUGUGCGCCUCCGUUUCUGGCUCUUAUUCUGGCAUUAUUUACAGCUAUCAUUCUAUGUUCGAUUUACUGUCGCCUCCAGAGUUUCUACAGCUCUUAUUCUGUGUUUGCAUUGUGCGCCGUCUCCGGCGUUUCUACAGCUAUCAUUCUAUGUUCGAUUUACUGUCGCCUCCAGGUUUCUUAGCUCUUAUUCUGUGUUGCAUUGUGUGCCGUCUCCGGCGUUUCUGGCUAUCAUUCUAUGUUCGAUUUACUGUCGCCUCCAGAGUUUUCUACAUUUUUUAUUCUGUGUUUGCAUUGUGCGCCGUCUCCGGCGUUUCUACAGCUAUCAUUCUAUGUUCGAUUUACUGUCGCCUCCAGAGUUUCUACAGCUCUUAUUCUGUGUUUGCAUUGUGCGCCGUCUCCGUCGUUUCUACAGCUAUCAUUCUAUGUUCGAUUUACUGUCGCCUCCAGAGUUUCUACAGCUCUUAUUCUGUUUGCAUUGGCGCGCCGUCUCCGGCGUUUCACCGCUAUCAUUCUGUUCGAUUUACUGUCGCCUCCAGAGUUUCUACAGCUCUUAUUCUGUAUUUGCAUUGUGCGCCGUCUCCGGCGUUUCUACAAUAUCAUUCUAUGUUCGAUUUACUGUCGCCUCCAGAGUUUCUACAGCUCUUAUUCUGUGUUGCGUGCCGUCUCCGGCGUUUACAGCUAUCAUUCUAUGUUCGAUUUGGGUCGCCUCCAGAGUUUUGCCAGCUCUUAUUCUGUGUUGCAUUGUGCGCCGUCUCCGUCGUUUCAACUAUCAUUCUAUGUUCGAUUUACUGUCGCCUCCAGGUUUCCAGCUCUUAUUCUGUGUUGCAUUGUGCGCCGUCUCCGGCGUUUUACAGCUAUCAUUCUGUGUUCACUGUCGAGGUUUCUACAGCUCUUAUUCUGUGUUGCAUUGUGCGCCGUCUCCGUCGUUUCUACAGGCUAUCAUUCUGUUCAGGUUACUGUCGCCUCCAGGUUUCUGCUCUUAUUCUGUGUUGCAUUGUGCGCCGUCUCCGGCGUUUCUGCUAUCAUUCUAUGUUCGAUUUACUGUCGCCUCCAGAGUUUCUGGCUCUAUUCUGUGUUGCAUUGUGCGCCGUCUCCGGCGUUUUCUACAACUAUCAUUCUAUGUUCGAUUUACUGUCGCCUCAGAGUUUCUACAGCUCUUAUUCUGUGUUGCAUUGUGCGCCGUCUCCGGCGUUUCUACAGCUAUCAUUCUAUGUUCGAUUUACUGUCGCCUCCAGAGUUUCUACAGCUCUUAUUCUGUGUUGCAUUAUUGCGCCGUCUCGUCGUUUCUACAGCUAUCAUUCUAUGUUCGAUUUACUGUCGCCUCCAGAGUUUCUACAGCUCUUAUUCUGUGUGUUCGCAUUGUGCGCCGUCUCCGGUCGUUUCUACAGCUAUCAUUCUAUGUUCGAUUUACUGUCGCCUCCAGAGUUUCUACAGCUCUUAUUCUCAGGUUGCGUUUGUGCGCCGUCUCCGUCGUUUUCUACAGCUAUCAUUCUAUGUUCGAUUUACUGUCAGAGUUUCUACAGCUCUUAUUCUGUGUUGCAUUUGCGCCGUCUCCGGCGUUUCUUCAUUCUAUGUUCGAUUUACUGUCGCCUCCAGAGUUUUCUACAGCUCUUAUUCUGUGUUGCAUUUUCCGUUUCUGGCAACUAUCAUUCUAUGUUCGAUUUACUGUCGCCUCCAGAGUUUUGCCAGCUCUUAUUCUGUGUUGCAUUGUGCGCCGUCUCCGGCGUUUCUACAGCUAUCAUUCUAUGUUCGAUUUACUGUCGCCUCAGAGUUUCUACAGCUCUUAUUCUGUGUUUGCAUUGUGCGCCGUCUCCGUCGUUUCUACAGCUAUCAUUCUAUGUUCGAUUUACUGUCGCCUCCAGAGUUUCUAAGCUCUUAUUCUGUAGCAUUACGCCGUCUCCGGCGUUUCUACAGCUAUCAUUCUAUGUUCGGAUUUACUGUCGCCUCCCAGAUUUCUACAGCUCUUAUUCUGUAAGUUGCAUUGUGCGCCGUCUCCGUCGUUUCUACAGCUAUCAUUCUAUGUUCGAUUUACUGUCGCCCAGAGUUUCCACAGCUCUUCUGUGUGUUGCAUUGUGCGCCGUCUCCGGCGUUUUACAGCUAUCAUUCUAUGUUCGAUUUACUGUCGCCUCCAGAGUUUCUACAGCUCUUAUUCUGUGUUGCAUUGUGCGCCGUCUCCGGCGUUUUUACAGCUAUCAUUCUAUGUUCGAUUUACUGUCGCCUCCAGAGUUUUCACACAGCUCUUAUUCUGUGUUGCAUUUGCGCCGUCUCCGGCGUUUCUACAGCUAUCAUUCUAUGUUCGAUUUACUGUCGCCUCAGAGUUUCUACAGCUCUUAUUCUGUAUUUGCAUUGUGCGCCGUCUCCGGCGUUUCUACAGCUAUCAUUCUAUGUUCGAUUUACUGUCGCCUCCAGAGUUUCUACAGCUCUUAUUCUGUGUUGCAUUGUGCGCCGUCUCCGGCGUUUUCCAGCUAUCAUUCUAUGUUCGAUUUACUGUCGCCUCCAGAGUUUCUGGCUCUUAUUCUGCAUUGUGCGCCGUCUCCGGCGUUUUUACAGCUAUCAUUCUAUGUUCGAUUUACUGUCGCCUCCAGAGUUUCUACAGCUCUUAUUCUGUGUUGCAUUGUACGCCGUCUCCGGCGUUUUACAGCUAUCAUUCUAUGUUCGAUUUACUGUCGCCUCCAGGAGUUUCUACAGCUCUUAUUCUGUGUUGCAUUUUAUUGCCGUUUCCGGCGUUUUUACAUAUCAUUCAUGUUCGAUUUACUGUCGCCUCCACAGUUUCUACAGCUCUUAUUCAUGUGUUGCAUUGUGCGCCGUCUCCGGCAUUUUACAGCUAUCAUUCUAUGUUCGAUUUACUGUCGCCUCCAGGUUUCUACAGCUCUUAUUCUGUGUUGCAUUGUGCGCCGUCUCCGGCGUUUUAUGCUAUCAUUCUAUGUUCGAUUUACUGUCGCCUCAGAGUUUCUACAGCUCUUAUUCUGUGUUGCAUUGUGCGCCGUCUCGGCGUUUUUAUCAUUCUAUGUUCGAUUUACUGUCGCCUCCAGAGUUUCUAGCUCUUAUUCUGUUUGCAUUGUGCGCCGUCUCAGCCUCUUAUUCUGUGUUGCGAUGCCGUUGCGGCGUUUCUGUCAUUCUAUGUUCCAGAGUUUCUACAGCUCUUAUUCUGUGUUCAUCAUUUCUACAGCUAUCAUUCUAUGUUCGAUUUACUGUCGCCUCCAGAGUUUCUACAGCUCUUAUUCUGUGUUGCAUUGUGCGCCGUCUCCGUCGUUUCUACAGCUAUUCAUUCUAUGUUCGCUCUUAUUUUACUGUCGCCAUUCCAGAGUUUCUACAGCUCUUAUUCUGUGUUGCAUUGUGUGCCGUCUCCGGCGUUUCUGCGAAUAUCAUUCUAUGUUCGAUUUACUGUCCGCCUCCAGAGUUUCUACAGCUCUUAUUCUGUGUUGCAUUUGUGCCGUUUCCGGCGUUUUCUGUUGCUAUCAUUCUAUGUUCGAUUACCUCGCCUCCAGAGUUCUACAGCUCUUAUUCUGUAUUUGCAUUGUGCGCCGUCUCUCCGGCGUUUCUACAACUAUCAUUCUAUGUUCGAUUUACUGUCGCCUCCAGAGUUUCUACAGCUCUUAUUCUGUGUUGCAUUGUGCGCGUCUCCGGCGUUUUCUACAGCUAUCAUUCUAUGAUUCGAUUUCGGAAGUUUCUGUCAAUGCCUCGGCGUUUCUACAGCUCUUAUUCUGUAUUUGCAUUGUGCUGUCGUCUCCGUCGUUUCUUGUGUGCAGCCGUUUACAUAUCAUUCUAUGUUCGAUUUACUGUCGCCUCCAGAGUUUCUACAGCUCUUAUUCUGUGUUGCAUUGUGCGCCGUCUCCGUCAUUUCUACUCCAAGUUUCUAUCAUUCUAUGCGCCGUCUGUUUCGAUUUACUGUCGCCUCCAGAGUUUCUACAGCUCUUAUUCUGUCUUUGCAUUGUGUACGCCGUUUCCGGCGUUUUGGCCAGCUAUCAUUCUAUGUUCGAUUUACUGUAUCGCCUGUCGCUCUUAUUCUGUGUUGCAGACUAUCAUUCUAUGUUCGUUUACUAUCGCCUCAGAGUUUCUACAGCUCUUAUUCUGUGUUGCAUUGUGCGCCGUCUCCGGUUUCUACAUAUCAUUCGUUUCGAUUUACUGUCGCCUCCAGAGCUAUCAUUCUGUGUUAUUGUGCGCCGUCUGUUCGAUUUACUGUCGCCUCCAGAGUUUCUACAGCUCUUAUUCUGUGUUGUUCAUUGUGCGCCGUCUCCGGCGUUUACCGUUUCCAGCGUUUCUACAGCUAUCAUUCUAUGUUCGAUUUACUGUCGCCUCCAGAGUUUCUACAGCUCUUAUUCUUAUUCUGUGUUGCACUGUCGUGCCGUCUCCGCCGUCUCCGUUUUCUACAGCUAUCAUUCUAUGUUCGAUUUACUGUCGCCUCCACAGAGCUCUUUUUCUGUGUUGCAUUGUGCCGUCUCCGGCGCUCUUCAUUAUGUGUUGCAUUGUGCGCCGUCUGCGUUUCGCCUCAUUCUAUAUUCGAUUUUGUCUACAGCUCUUAUUCUGUGUUGCAUUGUGCGCCGUUCCAGCGUUUCUACAGCUAUCAUUCUAUGUUCGAUUUACUGUCGCCUCCAGUUUCUACAGCUCUUAUUCUGUGUUGCAUUGUGCGCCGUCUCCGGCGUUUCUGGCCAGCUAUCAUUCUAUGUUCGAUUUACCGUCGCCUCCAGAGUUUCUACAGCUCUUAUUCUGUGUUUAUCAGUGCGCCGUCUCCGUCGUUUCUACAGCUAUCAUUCUAUGUUCGAUUUACUCGUCGCCUCCAGAGUUUCUACAGCCUUAUUCUGUGUUGCAUUGUGCGCCGUCUCCGGCGUUUUACACAGCUAUCAUUCUAUGUUCGAUUUACUGUCGCCUCCAGAGUUUCUACAGCCUAUUCUGUGUUGCAUUGUGUGCCGUUCCGCGUUUCUACAGCUAUCAUUCUUGUUCGAUUUACUGUCGCCUCCAGAGUUUCUGGCUCUUAUGCUGCAUGUUUGCAUUGUGUGCCGUCUCCGGCGUUUCUACCUUCAUUAUUCUAUGUUCGAUUUCCAUUGUCGCCUCCAGAGUUUGCCAGCUCUUAUUCUGGGUGUUGCAUUGUGCGCCGUCUCCGGCGGCGUUUCUACAGCCAUCAUUCUAUGUUCGAUUUACCGUCGCCUCCCGGAGUUUCACAGCUCUUAUUCUGUGUUGCAUUGUGUGCGCCGUUUCCUAUCAUUCUAUGUUCGCGUUUCAGUUACUGCUAUUAUUCUAUCGUUUUACGAUUUACUCGAUUUCGCCUCCAGAGUUUCACAACUCUUAUUCUGUAUUUGCAUUGUGCCGUCUCCGGCGUUUCACAGCUAUCAUUCUAUGUUCGAUUUACUGUCGCCUCCAGAGCUUUCACAGCUCUUAUUCUGUGUUACUGUCGCCUCCAGGUUCUCUCUUAUUCUGUUUUGCCAGCGUUUUAUUCUAUGUUCGAUUUACUGUCGCCUCCAGAGUUUUCUGCAUGUUUUUAUUCUGUGUUGCAUUGUGCGCCGUCUCGUCGUUUCUACAGCUAUCAUUCUAUGUUCGAUUUACUGUCGCCUCCAGAGUUUCUACAGCUCUUAUUCUGUGUUGCAUGUGCGCCGUCUCCGUCGUUUCUACAGCUAUCAUUCUAUGUUCGAUUUACUGUCGCCUCCAGAGUUUCUACAGCUCUUAUUCUGUGUUGCAUUGUGCCGUCUCCGUCGUUUCUGGCCAGCCAUCAUUCUAUGUUCGAUUUACUGUCGCCUCCAGAGUUUCUACAGCUCUUAUUCUGUGUUGCAUUGUGCGCCGUCUCCGGCGUUUCUACAGCUAUUAUCAUUCUAUGUUCGAUUUACUACUGUCGCCCAGAGUUUUGCCAGCUCUUAUUCUGUGUUGCAUUGUGUGCGCCGUCUCCGGCGUUUCUACAGCCAUCAUUCUAUUUCGAUUUACUGUCGCCCAGAGUUUCUACAGGCUUUAUUCUGUGUUGUAUUGUGCGCCGUCUCCGGCGUUUUCUACAGCUCUCAUUCUAUGUUCCGAUUUACUGUCGCCUCCAGAGUUUCUCGCUCUUAUUCUGUAUUUGCAUUGUGCGCCGUCUCCGGCGUUUUCAGCUAUCAUUCUAUGUUCGAUUUACUGUCGCCUCCAGAGUUUCUACAGCUCUUAUUCUGUGUUGCAUUGUGUACCGUCUCCAGCGUUUUCCAGUUAUUCUAUGUUCGAUUUACUGUCGCCUCUCCAGAGUUUCUACAGCUCUUAUUCUGUGUUGCAUUGUGCGCCGUCUCCGGCGUUUCUGCCAGCUAUUAUUCUAUGUUCGAUUUACUGUCGCCUCCAGAGUUUCUGGCAGCUCUCUUAUUCUGUGUUGUAUUGUGCGCCGUCUCCGGCGUUUCUCUGUUAUCAUUCUAUGUUCGAUUUACUGUCGCCUCCAGAGUUUCUACAGCUCUUAUUCUGUGUUGCAUUGUGCGCCGUCUCCGGCGUUUUCUACGGCAGCUAUCAUUCUAUGUUCGAUUUACUGUCGCCUCCAGAGUUUUCUACAGCUCUUAUUCUGUGUCGCAUUGUGCGCCGUCUCAGCGUUUCUACAACUAUCAUUCUAUGUUCGAUUUACUGUCGCCUCAGAGUUUUCUACAGCUCUUAUUCUGUGUUGCAUUGUGCGUUUCCGUCUCCGUCGCCUCCGUUUCUACAGCUAUGUUGCAUUCAUUCUAUCAUUCUAUAUUUGCACUGUCGCCUCCAGGUUUCUACAGCUCUUAUUCUGUGUUGCAUUGUGCGCCGUCUCCGUCGUUUCUACAGCUAUCAUUCUAUGUUCGAUUUACUGUCGCCUCCAAGUUUCUACAGCUCUUAUUCUGUGUUGCAUUAUUGCGCCGUCUCCGGCGUUUCUACAGCUAUCAUUCUAUGUUCGAUUUACUGCUCCUUAUGUUUCAGAUUUAUUGCAUUGUCGCCAUCUCCAGAGUCAUUCUACAGUUCUUAUUCUGCCUGUUUUGUAUUGUUGCAUUGUGCCAGUCUCCGGCGUUUUCUACAACUAUCUAUUCUAUGUUCGAUUUACUGUCGCCUCCAGAGUUUUCACAGCUCUUAUUCUGUGUUGCAUUGUGCGCCGUCUCCGGCGUUUCUGCAACUAUAAUUCUAUGUUCGAUUUUACUGCCUCCCAGAGUUUCUGCCAGCUCUUAUUCUGUGUGUUGCAUUGUGCGCCGUCUCCGUCGUUUUCUACAGCCAUCAUUCUAUAUUCGAUUUACUGUCGCCCAGAGUUUCUACAGCUCUUAUUCUGUGUUGCAUUGUGCGCCGUCUCCGGCGUUUCUACCUUAUCAUUCCAUGUUCGAUUUACCGUCGCCCAGAGAGUUGCACAGCUCUUAUUCUGUGAUGCAUUGUGCACCGUCUCCGUCGUUUCUACAGCUAUCAUUCUAUGUUCGAUUUACUGUCGCCUCGAGUUUCUGCACAGCUCUUAUUCUGUGUUGCAUUGUGCGCCGUCUCCGGCGUUUUCUACAGCUAUUAUUCUAUGUUCGGUUACUGUCGCCUCCAGAGUUUCUACAGCUCUUUUUCUGUGUUGCAUUGUGCGCCGUCUCCGGCGUUUUAAAACUAUCAUUCUAUGUCGAUUUCCGCCUCCAGGUUUCUACAGCCACCGUAUCAUUCAUAUUCGAUUUACUGUCGCCUCAGAGUUUCUACAGCUCUUAUUCUGUGUGUUGCAUAGCGCCGUCUCCGGCGUUUCACAGCCAUCAUUCUAUGUUCGAUUUACUGUCGCCUCCAGGUUUCUUGCACUUUAUUCUGUGUUGCAUUGUGCGCCGUCUCCGGCGUUUCUGCAACUAUUAUUCUAUGUUCGAUUUACUGUCGCCUCCAGAGUUUUACAGCCUUUAUUCUGUGUUGCGAUUGUGCGCCGUCUCCGGCGUUUCUACAGCUAUUAUUCUAUGUUCGAUUUACUGUCGCCUCCAGAGUUUCUGCCUCUCAUUCUGUAUUUGCAUUGUGCGCCGUCUCCGGCGUUCAAUAGCCGUAUUCUAUGUUCGAUUUACUGUCGCCUCCAGAGUUUCUCUACAGCUCUUGUUCUGUGUUGCAUUUUGCAUGAUCUCCGGCGUUCUACAUAGCUAUUAUCUAUGUUCGAUUUACUGUCGCCCCAGAGUUUCUACAGCUCUUAUUCUGUGUUGCAUUAUUGCGCCGUCUCCGGCGUUUCUACCAGCGCUAUCAUUCUAUGUUCGAUUACUGUCGCCUCCAGGUUUCUACAGCUCUUAUUCUGUGUUGCAUUGUGUGCCGUCUCCGGCGUUUCACAGCUAUCAUUCUAUGUUCGAUUUACUGUCGCCUCCAGAGUUUCUACAGCUCUUAUUCUGUGUUGCAUUGUGCGCCGUCGUCGUUCCGGCUAUCAUUCUACAGUUAUCAUUCGCCUAUGUUCGAUUUAUUCUGUGUUGUCGCCGUCUCAGAGUUUCUACAGCUAUCAUUCUAUGUUCUACGGCAUUCUUAUUCGAUUUAUUCGCCCAGAUUGUGCGCCUUAUUCCGGCGUUUCUACCCGCUAUCAUUCUAUGUUCGAUUUACUGUCGCCUCCAGAGUUUCUACAGCUCUUAUUCUCAGGUUGCAUUGUGCGCCGUCUCCGGCGUUUCUACAGCCAUUCUGUUCGAUUUACUGUCGCCUCCAGAGUUUCACAGCUCUUAUUCUGUGUUGCAUUGUGCGCCGCCCGGCGUUUCUACAGCCAUCAUUCUAUGUUCGAUUUACUGUCGCCUCCAGAGUUUCUACAGCUCUUAUUCUGUGUUGCAUUGUGCGCCGUUCCGGCGUUUCUAUUGUUAUCGUCUUCUAUAUUAUUCAUUUAUCAUCGCCUGCCAGAGUUUUACAGCUCUUAUUCUGUGUUGCAUUGUGCGCCGUCUCCGGCGUGUUUACAGCUAUCAUUCUAUGUUCGGAUUUACUGUCGCCUCCAGAGUUUCUAGCUCUUAUUCUGUGUUGCAUUAUUGCCGUCUCCGGCGUUUCCUACAUAUCAUUCUAUGUUCGAUUUACUGUCGCCUCCAAGUUUCUACAGCUCUUAUUCUUUUUUACAGCUCUUAUUGUGCGCCGUCUCCGGCGUUUUCACCGCUAUCAUUCUAUAUUCGAUUUACUGUCGCCUACUCAAGUUUCACAGCUCUUAUUCUGUGUUGCAUUGUGCGCCGUCUCAGCGUUUCUAUUCUAUGUUCGAUUUAUUCUAUGUUCGAUUUACUCGUCGCCUCAAGUUUCUACGCCAGCUCUUAUUCUGUAUUUGCAUUUAAUGCGUCUCCGGCGUUUCUACAGCUAUCAUUCUGUUCGAUUUGCUGUCGCCUCAGGUUCUACAGCUCUUCUGUAUUUGCAUUGUGUCGCCUCCGUCUCUUAUUCGGCGUUUCUCGGCGUUUCACCUUCAUAUUCUGUGUUCGAUUUACUGUCGCCUCCAGAGUUUUCUACCCAAGCUCUUAUUCUGUGUUGAUCUAUGUUCAUCGCCUGUGCAGGCUCUUAUUCUGUGUUCAUUGUGCGCCGUCCCGUUUCGCUAUCAUUCUAUGUUCGGUUACUGUCGCCUACAGAGUUUCUAGCUCUUAUUCUGUGUUGCAUUGUGCCGUCUCCGUCGUUUCUACAACUAUCAUUCUGUGUUCGAUUUACUGUCGCCUCCAAGUUUCUACAGCUCUUAUUCUGUGUUGCAUUGUGCGCCGUCUCCGGCGUUUCUACAGCCUCAUUCUAUGUUCGAUUCGUUACUGUCGCCUCAGGUUUCUACAGCUCUUAUUCUGUGUUGCAUUUGUGCGCCGUCUCAGCGUUUCUACAAUAUCAUUCUGUUUCGAUUUACUGUCGCCUCCAGAGUUUCUGCUCUAUUCUCUUGCAUUGUGCGCCGUCUCGGCGUUUUCUACAGCUAUCAUUCUAUGUUCGAUUUACUGUCGCCUCCAGAGUUUCACAGCUCUUAUUCUGUAUUUGCAUUGUGCGCCGUCUCCGGCGUUUCUAGCUAUCAUUCUGUUCGAUUUACUGUCGCCUCCAGAGUUUUCUACAGCUCUUAUUCUGUGUUGCAUUGUGCGCGUCUCCGGCGUUUUCAGCUAUCAUUCUAUGUUCGAUUUACUGUCGCCUCCAGAGUUUCUACAGCUCUUAUUCUGUUGCAUUGUGCGCCGUCUCCGGCGUUUUUACAGCUAUCAUUCUAUGUUCGAUUUACUGUCGCCUCCAGACUAUCAUUCUAUGUUCGAUUUACUGUCGCUCAGAGUUUCUACAGCUCUUAUUCUGUGUUGCAUUGUGCGCCCGUCUCCGGCGUUUCUACAGCUAUCAUUCUAUGUUCGAUUUACUGUCGCCCAGAGUUUCUACAGCUCUUAUUCUGUGUUGCAUUGUGCGCCGUCUCCGUCGUUUCUACAGCUAUCAUUCUAUGUUCGAUUUACUGUCGCCUCCAGAGUUUUCCACAGCUCUUAUUCUGUGUUGCAUUGUCUGCGUUUCUACGUCAUUCCGAUUUCGUUUCUACAGCUCUUAUUCAUUCUAUGUUCGGUUACUCCGGCGUUCUCCAGAGUUCUUUUCUGUCGCCUCCAGAGUUUCUACAGCUCUUAUUCUGUGUUGCAUUGUGCGCCGUCUCCGGCGUUUCUACAGCUAUCAUUCUAUGUUCGAUUUACUGUCGCCUCCAGAGUUUUCUACAGCUCUUAUUCUGUGUUGCAUUGUGCGCCGUCUCCGGCGUUUCUACAGCUAUCAUUCUAUGUUCGAUUUACUGUCGCCUCCAGAGUUUCUACAGCUCUUAUUCUGUGUUGCAUUGUGCGCCGUCUCCGGCGUUUCUACAGCUAUCAUUCUAUGUUCGAUUUACUGUGUCGCCUCCAGAGUUUCUACAGCUCUUAUUCUGUGUUGCAUUGUGCGCCGUCUCCGGCGUUUCCAACUAUCCAUUCUAUGUUCGAUUUACUGUCGCCUAUUUCUACAGAUCUUAUUCUGUGUUGUCGCCGUCUCCGGCGUUUCUGCAACUAUAAUUCUAUGUUCGUUCGCCUCUACAGCUCUUAUUCUGUGUGUUGCAUUUUGCGCCGUCUCCGGCGUUUCUACAGCUAUCAUUCUAUGUUCGAUUUACUGUCGCCUCCAGAGUUUCUACAGCUCUUAUUCUGUGUUUGCAUUCACUGCCGUCUCCGUCGUUUUCUACAGCUAUCAUUCUAUGUUCGAUUUACUGUCGUCUCCACAGAGUUUCUACAGCUCUUAUUCUGUGUUGCAUUGUGGCGCCGUCUCCGCGUUUCUGGCUAUCAUUCUAUGUUCGAUUUACUGUCGCCUCCAGAGUUUCUACAGCUCUUAUUCUGUGUUGCAUUGUGCGCCGUCUCCGUCGUUUUCUAUAGCUAUCAUUCUAUGUUGAUUUACUGUCGCCUCCAGAGUUUCUACGCUCAGCUCUUAUUCUGUGUGUUGCAUUGUGCGCCGUCUCCGUCGUUUCUACAGCUAUCAUUCUAUGUUCGAUUUACUGUCGCCUCCAGAGUUUCUACAGCUCUUAUUCUGUGUUGCAUUGUGCGCAUUCAUAUUCCGGCCUCGUUUCUACAGCUAUUAUUUCCAUGUUCGAUUUACCGUCGCGUUUCCAGAGUUUCUAUUCAGCUCUUAUUCUUUGUGUUGCAUUGUGCGCCGUCUCCGGCGUUUCUGCAACUAUCAUUCUAUGUUCGAUUUACUGUCGCCUCAGAGUUUUUCCACAGCGUUUCUUAUUCUGUGUUGAUUUAUUGUGCGCCGUCUCCGGCGUUUCUACAGCUAUCAUUCUAUGUUCGAUUUACCGUCGCCUCCAGAGUUUCUACAGCUCUUAUUCUGUGUUGCAUUGUGCGCCGUCUCCGGCGGCUAUGUUCGAUUUACUGUCGCCUCAGGUUUCUACAGCUCUUAUUCAUUUCAUGCGCCGUCUCCGGCGUUUUCGAUUUAUGUUCGGUUGUCGCCUCCAGAGUUUCUACAGCUCUUAUUCUGUGUUGCAUUGUGCGCCGUCUCCGGCGUUUCUACAGCUAUCAUUCUAUGUUCGAUUUACUGUCGCCUCCAAGUUUCUGCAGCUCUUAUUCUGUGUUUGCAUUUUGCGCCGUCGUCGUUUCUGGCUAUCAUUCUAUGUUCGUUUCUGUCGCCUCAGAUUUAUGUCGCCCCAGAGUUUCUAGCUCUUAUUCUGUGUUGCAUUGUGCGCCGUCUCCGUCGUUUCUACAGCUAUCAUUCUAUGUUCAGGUUACUGUCGCCUCAGGUUUCUACAGCUCUUAUUCUGUGUUGCAUUGUGCGCCGUCUCCGUCGUUUCUACAGCUAUCAUUCUAUGUUCGAUUUACUGUCGCCUCCAGGUUUCUACUGCUCUUUAUUCUGUGUUGCAUUGUGCGCCGUCUCCGGCGUUUACAAUUAUCAUUCUGUUCGAUUUCGAUUUACUGUCGCCUACAGGUUUCUACUGCUCUUAUUCUGUGUUGCAUUGUGCGCCGUCUCGGCGUUUCUGUAUCAUUCUAUGUUCGAUUUACUGUCGCCUCCAGGUUCUACAGCUCUUAUUCUGUGUUUGCAUUGUGCGCCGUCUCGGCGUUUCUACCAUUAUCAUUCUAUGUUCGAUUUACUGUCGCCUCAGGUUUCUACAGCUCUUAUUCUGUGUGUUGCAUUGUGCGCCGUCUCCGGCGUUUCUACAGCUAUCAUUCUAGCAUUCGGUUACUGUCGCCUACAGAGUUUCUACAGCUCUUAUUCAUGUUGCAUUGUGCGCCGUCUCCAGCGUUUCUACCUUCAUCAUUCUGUGUUCGGUUACUGUCGCCUGUCGCCUCCAAUCGUUUCUACAGCUCUUAUUCUGUAGGUUUUGCAUUGUGCGCCGUCUCCGGCGUUUCUACAUGUUCUACUGUCAUUCUGUAUGUUCGAUUUACUGUCGCCUCCAGGUUUCUACAGCUCUUAUUCUGUGUUUUGCAUUGUGCGCCGUCUCCGGCGUUUCUACAGCUAUCAUUCUAUGUUCGAUUUACUGUCGCCUCCAGGUUUCUACGGCUCUUAUUCUGUAUUUGCAUUGUGCGCCGUCUCCGUCGUUUCUACCUAUCAUUCUAUGUUCGGGUUACUGUCGCCUCAGAGUUUCUACAGCUCUUAUUCUGUGUUGCAUUGUGCGCCGUCUCGUCGUUUCUACGCUAUCAUUCUAUGUUCGAUUUACUGUCGCCUCCAGGUUUCUACAGCUCUUAUUCUGUGUUGCAUUGUGCGCCGUCUCAUUCGAUUUACUGUCGCCUCCGUUUCUACAGCUCUUAUUCUGUGUUCAUUCUCCGGCGUUUCUGUUCGAUUUACUGUCGCCUCCAGAGUUUCUACAGCUCUUAUCUGUGUUGCAUUGUUCGCCGUCUCCGGCGUUUCUGCCAGCCAUCAUUCUAUGUUCUGAUUUACUGUCGCCUCCAGAGUUUCUCGCAGCUCUUAUUCUGUGUUGUAUCAGUGCCGUCUCCGCGUUUCUACAGCUAUCAUUCUAUGUUCGAUUUACCGUCGCCUGCAGAGUUUCUACAGCUUCAUUCUGUGUUGCAUUGUGCGGCCGUCUCCGGCGUUUCUACAGCUAUCAUUCUAUGUUCGAUUUACUGUCGCCCAGAGUUUCUAUGCCUUUAUUCCAGGUUAGUAUUGUGGGUGCCGUCUCCGGCGUUUCUACAGCUAUCAUUCUACAAGUCUGAUUUACUGUCGCCUCCAGAGUUUCUGCCAGCUCAUUCUGUGGUUACCAGGCGCCGUCUCCGGCGUUUCUCACAGCUAUCCUUCUAUGUUCGAUUUACUGUCGCCCAGAGUUUCUUGCAGCUCUUAUUCCGUGUUGCAUUGUGCGCCGUCUCUGUCGUUUCUACAGCUAUCAUUCUAUGUUCGAUUUACUGUCGCCUCAGGUUUAAGCUCUUAUUCUGUGUUGCAUUGUGCGCCUUCUCCGGCGUUUCUACAGCUAUCAUUCUAUGUUCGAUUUACUGUCGCCUCCGAUUUCUACAGCUCUUAUUCUGUGUUACGUGUGCGCCGUCUCCAGCGUUCAGCUAUCAUUCUAUGUUCGAUUUACUGUCGCCUCAGGUUUCUACAGCUCUUAUUCUGUGUUGCAUUGUGCGCCGUCUCCGGCGUUUCACAACUAUCAUUCUAUGUUCGAUUUACUGUCGCCUCCAAGUUUCUACAGCUCUUAUUCUGUGUUGCAUUGUGCGCCGUCUCCGGCGUUUCGCUAUCAUUCUAUGUUCGAUUUACUGUCGCCUCCCAGGUUUCUACAGCUCUUAUUCUGUAUUUGCAUUGUGCGCCGUCUCCGGCGUUUCUACAGCUAUAUUCUAUGUUCGAUUUACCUGUCGCCUCCAGAGUUUCUACAGCUCUUAUUCUGUGUUGCAUUGUGCGCCGUCUCCGGCGUUUCUACAGCUAUCAUUCUAUGUUCGAUUUACUGUCGCCUCCAAGUUUCUACAGCUCUUAUUCUGUGUUGCAUUGUGCGCCGUCUCCGUCGUUUCUGGCUAUCAUUCUAUUCGAUUUACUGUCGCCUCAGGUUUCUGCUCUUAUUCUGUGUUGCAUUGUGCGCCGUCUCGGCGUUUCUCAUUCUGCAUGUUCGAUUUGCUCAUUCGAUUACUGUCGCCUCAGAGUUUCUACAGCUCUUAUUCAUGUUGCAUUGUGCGCCGUCUCGGCGUUUCUACAACUAUCAUUCUAUGUUCGGUUACUGUCGCCUCCAGGUUUCUGGCCUCUUAUUCUGUGUUUGCAUUGCGCCGUCUCCGGCGUUUCUACAACUAUCAUUCUAUGUUCGAUUUGUCGCCUCAGGUUUCUGGCUCUUAUUCUGUAUGUUGCAUUGUGCGCCGUCUCCGGCGUUUCUGCAACUAUCAUUCUAUGUUCGGUUACUGUCGCCUCAGGUUUCUACAGCUCUUAUUCUGUGUUGCAUUGUGCGCCGUCUCCGGCGUUCUACAGCUAUCAUUCUAUGUUCGAUUUACUGUCGCCUCCAGGUUUCUACAGCUCUUAUUUCUGUGUUGCAUUGUGCCGUCCGUCUCCGGCGUUUCGAUAUCAUUCUUAUUCUGUCGCCUCAGAGUUUUCUGGCUCUUAUUCUGUGUUGCAUUGUGCGCCGUCUCCGGCGUUUCUACAGCGGUAUUCUAUGUUCGUUUACUGUCGCCUCCAGGUUUCUACAGCUCUUAUUCUGUGUUGCAUUGUGCGCCGUCUCCGGCGUUUCUACAAGCCAUCAUUCUAUGUUCGAUUUACUGUCGCCUCCAGGUUUCUACAGCUCUUAUUCUGUAUUUGUACGUGUGCGCCGUCCGGCGUUUCUACAACUAUCAUUCUAUGUUCGAUUUUACUGUCGCCUCCAGGUUUCUACAGCUCUUAUUCUGUGUUGCAUUGUGCGCCGUCUCGGCGUUCUCUAUCAUUCUAUGUUCGAUUUACUGUCGCCUCAGAGUUUCUGGCUCUAUUCUGUGUUGCAUUGUGUCUCCGGCGUUUCUACAGCUAUCAUUCUAUGUUCGAUUUACUGUCGCCUCAGAGUUCUACAGCUCUUAUUCUGUGUUACGUGUGCGCCGUCUCUCCGUCGUUUCUACAGCUAUCAUUCUGUAUUCGAUUUACUGUCCUUCAGAGUUUCUACAGCUCUUGUCUGUGUUGCGUGUGCGCCGUCUCCGGCGUUUCUACGCUAUCAUUCUUAUAUUCGAUUUACUGUCGCCUCCAGAGUUACUACGGCUCUUAUUCUGUGUUGCAUUGUGCCGUCUCCGUCGUUUCUACAGCUAUCAUUCUAUGUUCGAUUUACUGUCGCCUCAGGUUCUACAGUUUCUACAGCUCUUAUUCUGUGUUGCAUUGUGCGCCGUCUCCGGCGUUUCUACAGCUAUCAUUCUAUGUUCGAUUUACUGUCGCCUCCAGAGUUUCUACAGCUCUUAUUCUGUGUUGCAUUGUGCGCCGUCUCCGUCGUUUCUACAGCUAUCAUUCUAUGUUCGAUUUACUGUCGCCUCCAGAGUUUCUACAGCUCUUAUUCUGUGUUGCAUUGUGCCGUCUCCGUCUCCGCUAUGUUCGAUUUACUUUCUAGCGUUUCUACAGCUCAUUCUAUGUUCGAUUUACUGUUUUCGUCUCCGUGUUUCGAUUCAUUACUGUCGCCUCCAGAGUUUCUACAGCUCUUAUUCUGUGUUGCAUUGUGCGCCGUCUCCGGCGUUUUCUACAGCUAUCAUUCUAUGUUCGAUUUACUGUCGCCUCCAGAGUUUCUACAGCUCUUAUUCUGUGUUGCAUUGUGCGCCGUCUCCGGCGUUUCUACGCUAUCAUUCUAUGUUCGAUUUACUGUUCCAGAGUUUUCUAGCCAGCUCUUAUACUGUGUUUGCAUUGUGCGCCGUCUCCGGCGUUUCUACAGCUAUCAUUCUAUGUUCUGAUUUACUGUCGCCUCAGAGUUUCUACAGCUCUUAUUCUGUGUUGCAUUGUGCGCCGUCUCGUCGUUUCUGCAGCUAUCAUUCUAGGUUCGAUUUACUAUCGCCCAGAGUUUCCUACAGCUCUUCUGUAUUCCAUUCGCCGUCUCCGGCGUUUUCUACAGCCAUCAUUCUAUGUUCGAUUUACCGUCGCCCAGAGUUUCACAGCUCUUAUUCUGUGUUGCAUUGCGGCGCCGUCUCCGGCGUUUCUAAUAUAUCAUUCAUUCGAUUUACUGUCGCCUCGAUCUUAUUCUGUGUUCAUUGUGCCCUCCGGCGUUUCUACAUCAUUCUAUAUUCCGGUUACUGUCGCUUUCAGGUUUCUACGGCUCUUAUUCUGGCGCAUUGUGCGCCGUCUCGGCGUUUCUACAGCUAUCAUUCUAUAUUCGUUUACUGUCGCCGCAAGUUUCUGACUCUUAUUCUGUGUUGCGACUGUGCGCCGUCUCCGGCGUUUCACCCGCUAUUAUUCUGUUCGAUUUACUGUCGCCUCGGUUUCUACAGCUCUUAUUCUGUGUUGCAUUGUGCGCCGUCUCCGGCGUUUCUACAGCUAUCAUUCUAUGUUCGAUUUACUGUCGCCUCCAGAGUUUCUACAGCUCUUAUUCUGUGUUGCAUUGUGUGCCGUUUCCGGCGUUUCUACAGCUAUCAUUCUAUGUUCGAUUUACUGUCGCCUCCAGAGUUUCUACAGCUCUUAUUCUGUGUUGCAUUAUUGCGCCGUCUCCGGCGUUUCUACCUUUAUCAUUCUAUGUUCGAUUUACUGUCGCCUCCAGAGUUUUCUACAGCUCUUAUUCUGUGUGUUGCAUUGUGCGCCGUCUCUCCGCGUUUCUACAGCUAUCAUUCUAUGUUCGAUUUACUGUCGCCUCCAGAGCUCUUUUCUACAGCUCGCGUUUAUUCAUUGUGUUUCGGUUACUGUGCCUCCGUCUCAUUGCGCCGUCGUCGUUUCUACAGCUAUCAUUCUAUGUUCGAUUUACUGUCGCCUCCAGAGUUUCUACAGCUCUUAUUCUGUGUGUUAUAUCAUUCUAUGUUCGAUUUACUGUCGCCUCAGAGUUUUACAGCUCUUAUUCUGUGUGUUGCGCCGUCUCAUUGUGCAGUGCCGUCUCCGGCGUUUCUACAGCUAUCAUUCUAUGUUCGAUUUUGUCGCCUCGAGUUUCCUCUUAGAGUUGCGCCGUCUCCAUUCUAUAUCGUUCGUCGUUUCUGGUUCGAUUUACUGUCGCCCAGAGUUUCUACAGCUCUUAUUCUGUGUUGCAUUGUGCGCCGUCUCCGGCGUUUCUACAGCUAUCAUUCUAUGUUCGAUUUACUGUCGCCUCCAGAGUUUUCUACAGCUCUUAUUCUGUGUUGCAUUGUGCGCCGUCUCCGGCGUUUCUUCAGCUAUCAUUCUAUGUUCGAUUUACUGUCGCCUCCAGAGUUUCUACAGCUCUUAUUCUGUGUUGCAUUGUGCGCCGUCUCCGGCGUUUCUACAGCUAUCAUUCUAUGUUCGAUUUACUGUCGCCUCCAGAGUUUCUACAGCUCUUAUUCUGUGUUGCAUUGUGCGCCGUCUCCGGCGUUUCUACAGCUAUCAUUCUAUGUUCGAUUUACUGUCGCCUCCAGAGUUUCUACAGCUCUUAUUCUGUGUUGCAUUGUGCGCCGUCUCCGUCGUUUUCAGCUAUCAUCAUUCUAUGUUCGAUUUACUGUCGCCUCCCAGAGUUUUUCUACAGCUCUUAUUCUGUGUUGCAUUGUGCGCCGUCUCCGUCGUUUCUAUAGCUAUCAUUCUAUGUUCGAUUUACUGUCGCCUCCAGACUAUCAUUCCAUGUUCGAUUUACUGUCGCCUCCAGAGUUUCUACAGCUCUUAUUCUGUGUUGCAUUGUGCGCCGUCUCCGUCGUUUCUACAGCUAUCAGCUAUCAUUCUGUGUUGCAUUGUGUUCGAUUUACUAUGUUCGAUUUACUGUCGCCUCCAGAGUUUCUACAGCUCUUAUUCUGUGUUGCAUUGUGCGCCGUCUCCGGCGUUUCUACAGCUAUCAUUCUAUGUUCGAUUUACUGUCGCCUCCAGAGUUUCUACAGCUCUUAUUCUGUGUUGCAUUGUGCGCCGUCUCCGGCGUUUCUACAGCUAUCAUUCUAUGUUCGAUUUACUGUCGCCUCCAGAGUUUCUACAGCUCUUUAUUGUGUUGUAUUGUGCGCCGUCUCCGUCGUUUCUGCAGCUAUCAUUCUAUGUUCGAUUUACUGUCGCCUCCAGAGUUUCUCAGCUCUUAUUCUGUGUUGCAUUGUGCCGUCUCCGCCGUUUCUCAUGGCUCUUAUGUCAUUGUGCGCCGUCUCCGGCGUUUCUACUCACAGAUCAUUCUAUGUUCGCUAUCAUUCCAUGUUACUGUCGCCUCCCAGAGUUUCUACAGCUCUUAUUCUGUGUUGCAUUGUGCGCCGUCUCCGGCGUUUCUACACAGCUAUCAUUCUAUGUUCGAUUUACUGUCGCCUCCAGAGUUUCUCAGCUCUUAUUCUGUGUUGCAUUGUGCGCCGUCUCCGGCGUUUCUACCGCUAUCAUUCUAUGUUCGAUUUACUGUCGCCUCCAGAGUUUCUACAGCUCUUAUUCUGUGUUGCAUUGUGCGCCGUCUCCGGCGUUUCUACAGCUAUCAUUCUAUGUUCGAUUUACUGUCGCCCUCCAGAGUUUCUACAGCUCUUAUUCUGUGUUGCAUUGUGCGCCGUCUCGGCGUUUCUACAGCUAUCAUUCUAUGUUCGAUUUACUGUCGCCUCCAGAGUUUCUACAGCUCUUAUUCUGUGUUGCAUUGUGCGCGUCUCCGGCGUUUCUACAGCUCCAUCAUUCUAUGUUCGAUUUACUGUCGCCUCCAGAGUUUCUACAGCUCUUAUUCUGUGUUGCAUUGUGCGCCGUCUCCGUCGUUUUUACAGCUAUCAUUCUAUGUUCGAUUUACUGUCGCCUCCAGAGUUUUGCAGCUCUUAUCCUGUGUUGUAUUGUGCGCCGUCUCCGUCGUUUUACAGCUAUCAUUCUAUGUCUGAUUUACCGUCGCCUCCAGAGUUUCUACAGCGCCCUUAUUCUGUUGCAUUGUGCGCUGUCUCCGGUGUUUCUACAGCCAUCAUUCUAUACACCGAUUUACUGUCGCUCCAGAGUUUCUGCCAGCUCUUAUUCUGUGUUGCAUUGUGCGCCGUCUCCGGCGUUUCUACAGCUAUCAUUCUAUGUUCGAUUUACUGUCGCCUCCAGAGUUUCUACAGCUCUUAUUCUGUGUUGUAUUGUGCGCCGUCUCCGGCGUUCGCUAGCCAUCAUUCUAUGUCUGAUUUACUGUCGCCUCCAGAGUUUGCACAGUCUUAUUCUGUGUUGCAUUGUGGGCUGUUUCCGGCGUUUUACAGCUAUCAUUCUAUGUUCGAUUUACUGUCGCUCCAGAGUUUUACAGCAGCUCUUAUUCUGUGUUGCAUUUGCGCCGUCUCCGGCGUUUCUACAGCUAUCAUUCUAUGUUCGAUUUUAUGUCGCCCAGAGUUUUUUACUGUGUUGCAUUGUGCGCCGUCUCCGUCGUUUCUUACAGCCAUCAGCUAUCUUAUUCUCGCCCAGAGUUUUACAGCUCAUUCCGUGUUGUUCGCCGUCUCCGGCGUUUCUACAGCCAUCAUUCUAUGUUCGAUUUACUGUCGCCUCCAGAGUUUCUACAGCCUUAUUCUGUGUUGCAUUGCGCGCCGUCUCCGGCGUUUUGCCAGCCCAUCAUUCUAUGUUCGAUUUACUGUCGCCUCCAGAGUUUCUACAGCUCUUAUUCUGUGUUGCAUUGUGGUGCCGUCUCCGGCGUUUCUACAGCUAUCAUUCUAUGUUCGAUUUACUGUCGCCCUCCAGAGUUUCUACAGCUCUUAUUCAGGUGUUGCAUUGUGCGCCGUCUCCGGCCGUCUCAUUCAUGGCGAUUUUCAUGUCGUACAGAGCUAUCCUGGUGUUGUAUCAGGUGCCGUUUCGUUUUACAGCUAUCAUUCUAUGUCGAUUUAUCCUCGCCUCCAGAGUUUCUGGCUAGCUCUUAUUCUCUAUCACCCUAUGUUCGAUUUAUUGUCGCCUCCAGAGUUUCUACAGCUCUUAGUUCUGUGUUGCAUUGUGCGCCGUCUCCGUCGCGUUUUACAGCUAUCAUUCUAUGUUGGAUUUACCGUCGCCUCCAGAGUUUCUACAGCUCUUAUUCUGUGUUGCAUUGUUCGGCGUCUCCGUCGUUUCCACAGCUAUCAUUCCAUGUUCGACGACGUCGCCUCCAGAGUUUUGCCAGCCUUAUUCUGUGUUGCAUUGUGCGCCGUCUCCGGCGUUUCUGCCAGCUAUCAUUCUAUGUUCGAUUUACUGUCGCCUCCAGAGUUUCACAGCUCUUUAUUCUGUGUUGUAUUGCUGUGCCGUCUCCGGCGUUUCUACAGCUAUCAUUCUAUGUUCGUUUCUACAGCUCUUAUUCUGUGUUGCAUUGUGCGCCGUUCCGCGUUUCUACAGCCAUCAUUCUACAAGUUCGAUUUGCAUUGUCGCUCUGAGUUUUCUACAGCUCUUAUCUGUGGUUACAUUGUAGUGCCGUCUCCGGCGUUUCUACAGCUAUCAUUCUAUGUUCGAUUAUCGUCGCCUCCAUUUUUACAGCUCUUUAUUCUGUGUUGCAUUAUUACGCCGUCUCCGGCGUUUCACAGCCAUAAUUCUAUGUUCGAUUUACCGUCGCCUCAGAGUUCUACAGCUCUUAUUCUGUGUUGCAUUUGUGCCGUCACCGGCGUUUCUACGCUGUUAUUAUUCUAUAACCGAUUUACUGUCGCCUCCAGAGUUUCUACAGCUCUUUAUUCUGUGUGUUGCAUUGUCCGGCGUUUCUACAGCUAUUAUUCUAUGUUCGAUUUUACUGUCGCCUCAGAGGUUUCUGACUCUUAUUCUGUGUUGCAUUUUGCGCCGUCUCCGUCGUUUCUGCAGCUAUCAUUUCUAUGUUCGAUUUAUGUCGCCCCAGAGUUUCUACAGCUCUUAUUCUGUGUUGCAUUGUGCGCCGUCUCCGGCGUUUCACAUUCUAUGUUCAUUCUAUGUUCGAUUUACUGUCGCCUCCAGAGUUUCGUGCUGGCUCUUAUUCUGUGUUGCAUUGUGCGCCGUCUCCGUCGUUUCUACAGCUAUCAUUCUAUGUUCGAUUUACUGUCGCCUCCAGAGUUUCUACUGCUCUUAUUCUGUGUUGCAUUGUGCGCCGUCUCCGUCGUUUCUACAGCGGUCAUUCUAUGUUCGAUUUACCUUCGCCUCCAGAGUUUCCACAGCUCUUAUACUGUGUUUGCAUUGUGCGCCGUCUCCGUCGUUUCACAGCCAUCAUUCUAUGUUCGAUUUACUGUCGCCCCAGAGUUUCUACAGCUCUUAUUCUGUGUUGCAUUGUGCGCCGUCUCGGCGGCAGCUAUCAUUCUAUGUUCGAGCUAUCCAGAGUUUCCUACAGCUCUUGUUCUUGUUUUUGCAUUGUGCGCCGUUCCAGCGUUUCUACAGCUAUCAUUCUAUGUUCGAUUUACUGUCGCCCAGAGUUUCUACAGCUCUUAUUCUGUGUUGCAUUGUGCCGUCUCCGGCGUUUCUACAGCCAUCAUUCUAUGUUCGAUUUACUGUGCCCAGAGUUUCUACAGCUCCAGAGUGUCUCCGGCGUUUUCUACAGCUAUUAUUCUAUGUUCGAUUUACUGUCUCAGGUUUCUACGGCUCUUAUUCGCCGUCGCCGUCUGCGUUUCUACAGCUAUUCUAUAUUCUACUGUGUCUGACUCUUAUUUACUGUCGUCUCCGGCCCAGAGUUUCGGUUUCUACAGCUCUUAUUCUGUGUUGCAUUUGCGCCGUUCCGGCGUUUCUACAGCUAUCAUUCUAUGUUCGAUUUUACUGUCGCCUCCAGAGUUUCUACAGCUCUUAUUCUGUGCAUUGCGCCGUCUCCGGCGUUUCUACAGCUAUCAUUCUAUGUUCGAUUUACUGUCGCCUCCAGAGUUUCUACAGCUCUUAUUCUGUGUUGCAUUGUGCGCCGUCUCCGGCGUUUCUACAGCUAUCAUUCUAUGUUCGAUUUACUGUCGCCUCCAGAGUUUCUACAGCUCUUAUUCUGUGUUGUAUUGUGCCGUCCCGGCGUUUCUACAGCCAUCAUUCUAUGUUCGAUUUUUACUGUCGCCUCAGAGUUUCUACAGUUUUAUUCUGUGUUGUAUCAGCGCCGUCUCCGGCGUUUUGCCAGCUAUCAUUCCCAUGUUCGAUUUACUGUCGCCUCCAGAGCUCUUAUUCUGUGUUGUAUACAGUCUCCGGCGUUUCUACUGCUUAUACAUGUUGUUGCAGAGUUGUACAGCGCCGUCUCCGGCGUUUCUCACAGCUAUUAGCUAUCUCUUUAUUCUGUGUUGCAUUGUGCGCCGUCUCCGGCGUUUCUUACAGCUAUCAUUCUAUGUUCGAUUUACUGUCGCCUCCAGAGUUUCUACAGCUCUUAUUCUGUGUUGCAUUGUGCGCCGUCUCCGUCGUUUCCUGCCAGCUAUCAUUCUAUGUUCGAUUUACUGUCGCUCCACAGAGUUUCUACAGCUCUUAUUCUGUGUUGCAUUUUGUGCGCCGUCUCCUAUGUUUCUACAGCUAUCAUUCUAUGUUCGAUUUACUGUCGCUCCAGAGUUUCUACAGCUCUUAUUCUGUGUUGCAUUGUGCGCCGUCUCCGUCGUUUCUACAGCUAUCAUUCUAUGUUCGAUUUACUGUCGCCUCCAGAGUUUCUACAGCUCUUAUUCUGUGUUGCAUUGUGCGCCUUCUCCGGCGUUUCUCACAGCUAUUAUUCUUGUUCGAUUUACUGUCGCCUCCAGAGUUUCUACAGCUCUUAUUCUGUGUUGCAUUGUGCGCCGUCUCCGGCGUUUCUACAGCUAUCAUUCUAUGUUCGAUUUACUGUCGCCUCCAGAGUUUCUACAGCUCUUUAUUCUGUGUUGCAUUGUGCGCCGUCUCCGCGUUUCUGGCCAGCCAAUUCCCCAUGUUCGAUUUACUGUCGCCCACAGAGUUUCUACAGCUCUUAUUCUGUGUUGUAUCAGGUGCCGUCUCCGGCGUUUCUACAGCUAUUAUUCAUGUUCGAUUUACUGUCGCCCAGAGUUUUCACAGCUCUUUAUUCUGUUGUAUCAGGCGCCGUCUCCGGCGUUUCACAGCUAUUAUUCUAUGUUCGAUUUAUUGUCGCCUCCAGAGUUUCUUACAGCUCUUAUUCUGUGUUGUAUGCGCUGUCUCCGGCGUUUCUCCGGCGUUUACCGUCGUACAGCUCUUAUCAUUUCGUUCCGUGUUUUACAGAUUUACUGUCGCCCCAGAGUUUCUACAGCUCUUAUUCUGUGUUGCAUGCUAUCAUUCUAUGUUCGAUUUACUGUCGCCUCCAGAGUUUCUACAGCUCUUAUUCUGUGUUGCAUUGUGCGCCGUCUCCGGCGUUUCUACAGCGCUAUCAUUCUAUGUUCGAUUUAUUCUGUCGCCUCCAGAGUUUCUACAGCUCUUAUUCUGUGUUGCAUUCUGUGCGCCGUCUCCGGCGUUUCUACAGCUAUCAUUCUAUGUUCGAUUUACUGUCGCCUCCAGAGUUUCUACAGCUCUUAUUCUGUGUUGCAUUGUUCGCCGUCUCCGGCGUUUCUGUAUCAUUCUAUAUGUUCGAUUUACUGUCGCCUCCAAGUUUCUACAGCUCUUAUUCUGUGUUGCAUUGUGCGCCGUCGUUUCUACAGCGUUUCUACCUCGCCUCUCAUUCUAUGUUCGAUUUACGUUUGUCGCCUCCAGGUUUCUACAGCUCUUAUUCUGUGUUGCAUUGUGCGCCGUCUCUGUCGUUUCUACAGCUAUCAUUCUAUGUUCGAUUUACUGUCGCCUCCAGGUUUCUGGCUCUUAUUCUGUGUUGCAUUGUGCGCCGUCUCCGGCGUUUCUACAGCUAUCAUUCUAUGUUCGGUUACUGUCGCCUCCAAGUUUCUACGGCUCUUAUUCUGUGUUGCAUUGUUCGCCGUCUCCGGCGUUUCUCAACUAUCAUUCUAUGUUCGAUUUACUGUCGCCUCCAGAGUUUCUACAGCUCUUAUUCUGUGUUGCAUCAGGCGCCGUCUCCGGCGUUUCUACAGCUAUCAUUCCAUAUUCGAUUUACUGUCGCCUCCAGAGUUUUCUACAGCUCUUAUUCUGUGUUGCAUUGUGCGCCGUCUCCAUCGUUUCUACAGCUAUUAUUCUAUGUUCGAUUUACUGUCGCCUCCAGAGUUUCUACAGCUCUUAUUUCUGUGUUGCAUUGUGCGCCGUCUCCGCGUUUCUACAGCGCCAUCAUUCUAUGUUCGAUUUACUGUCGCCGGUUUCUGUCUUAGAGUUUUCUUGGCUAUCAUUCAUAUUUAUUCUCAGGUUUUACAGCUCUUAUUCUGUGUUGCAUUGUGCCGUCUCCGGCGUUUUUUUACAGCUAUCAUUCUAUGUUCGAUUUACCGUCGCCUCCAGAGUUUCUACAGCUCUUAUUCUGUGUUGUAUUGUGCGCCAUUCCGGCGUUUUACAGCUAUCAUUCUAUGUUCGAUUUACUGUCGCCUCCAGAGUUUUCAGCCUUAUUCUGUAUUUGUAUUGUGCGCCGUCUCCCGGCGUUUUUAUCUCAUUCUAUGUUCGAUUUACUGUCGCCUUAUCACAGCUCUUAUACUGUGUUGCAUUUACUGUCGCCUUCGCUCAUUCUGUUCGAUUUUGUCGCCUCCAGAGUUUCUACAGCUCUUAUUCUGUGUUGCAUUGUGCGCCGUCUCGGCGUUUUUACAGCUAUCAUUCUAUGUUCGAGUUACUGUCGCUCCAGAGUUUCUACAGCUCUUAUUCUGUGUUGCAUUGUGCGCCGUCUCCAGCGUUUCUGUAUCCUUCUAUAUUUCAUUACUGUCGCCUCCAGAGUUCUACAGCUCUUAUUCUGUUUGCAUUGUGCGCCGUCUCAGCGUUUCUACAGCUAAUAUCAUUCUAUGUUCGAUUACUGUCGCCUCAGGUUUCUACAGCUCUUAUUCUGUAUUUGCAUUGUGUGCCGUUUCGGCGUUUCUACAGCUAUCAUUCUAUAUGUUCGGUUACUGUCGCCUCCGGUUCUACAGCUCUUAUUCUGUGUUGCGUGUGCGCCGUCUCCAGCGUUUCUACAACUAUCAUUCUGUAUUUCGAUUUACUGUCGCCUCCAGAGUUUCUACAGCUCUUAUUCUGUGUUGCAUUGUGCGCCGUCUCGGCGUUUCUACAGCUAUCCAUUCUAUGUUCGUUUUUCCUUCGCCUCCAGGACUUUCCACAGCUCUUAUUCUGUGUUGCAUUGCGCCGUCUCGGCGUUUUUUGCUUCUCAUUCUAUGUUCGAUUUACUGUCGCCUCCAGAGUUCUACAGCUCUUAUUCUGUGUUGCAUUGCGCCGUCUCCGUCGUUUCUACAGCUAUCAUUCUAUGUUCGAUUCUGUCGCCUCCAGAGUUUCUGCAGCUCUUAUUCUGUGUUGCAUUGUGCGCCGUCUCCGGCGUUUCUACCUUCAUCAUUCUAUGUUCGAUUUACUGUCGCCUCAGGUUUCUACAGCUCUUAUUCUGUAUUUGCAUUGUGCGCCCGUCUCCCGGCGUUUUUACCAGCUAUCAUUGUAUUCGAUUUGCUGUCGCCUCCAAGUUUCUGGCUCUUAUUCUGUCGCCUCCAGGUUUCUACAGCUCUUAUUCUGUAUUUGCAUUGUGCGCCGUCUCCAGCGUUUCUGCAACUAUUAUUCUAUGUUCGAUUUACUGUCGCCUCCAGAGUUUCUACAGCUCUUAUUCUGUGUUGCAUUGUGCGCCGUCUCCGUCGUUUCUACAGCUAUCAUUCUAUGUUCGAUUUACUGUCGCCUCCGAGUUUCUACAGCUCUUAUUCUGUGUUGCAUUGUGCGCCGUCUCCGUCGUUUCUACAGCUAUCAUUCUGUGUUCGAUUUACUGUCGCCUCCAGAGUUUCUACAGCUCUUAUUCUGUGUUGCAUUGUGCCGUCUCGAUUUUCUAUGUUCGAUUUAUGUCGCCUCCAGGUUUCUACAGCUCUUAUUCUGUGUUGCAUUGUGCGCCGUCUCCGGCGUUUCCUUACUGUCAUUCUUAUGUUCGAUUUACUGUCGCCAUUCUAUAUUCAUUCUGAGAGUUCUACAGCUCUUAUUCUGUGUUGCAUUGUGCGCCGUCUCCGUCGUUUCUACAGCUAUCAUUCUAUGUUCGAUUUACUGUCGCCUCCAGGUUUCUACAGCUCUUAUUCUGUGUUGCAUUGUGCGCCGUCUCGGCGUUUCUGCAACUAUCAUUCUAUGUUCGAGUUACUGUCGCCUCCAGAGUUUCUACAGCUCUUAUUCUGUAUUUGCAUUGUGCGCCGUCUCCGGCGUUUCACAGCUAUCAUUCUAUGUUCGGUUACUGUCGCCUCAGAAGUUUCUGGCUCUUAUUCUGUGUUGCAUUGUGCGCCGUCUCCGGCGUUUCUACCAGCUAUCAUUCUGUGUUCGAUUUACUGUCGCCUCCAGAGUUUCUACAGCUCUUAUUCUGUGUUGCAUUGUGCGCCGUCUCCGGCGUUUCUACAGCUAUCAUUCUAUGUUCGAUUUACUGUCGCCUCCAGAGUUCUGGCUCUUAUUCUGUGUUGCAUUCGUGCGCCGUUCGGCGUUUCUGCAAUAUCAUUCUAUGUUCGAUUUCUGUCGCCUCCAGGUUUCUACAGCUCUUAUUCUGUUUUGCAUUGUGCGCCGUCUCCGGCGUUUCUACAGCUAUCAUUCUAUGUUCGAUUUACUGUCGCCUCAAGAGUUUCUACAGGCUCUUAUUCUGUGUUGCAUUGUUCGCCGUCGGCGUUUCUACAACUAUCAUUCUAUGUUCGUUCUGCUGGCUCGCCUCCAGAGUUUCUACAGCUCUUAUUCUGUGUUGCAUUGUUCGCCGUCUCCGGCGUUUCUACAGCCUAUCAUUCUGUUCGAUUUACUGUCGCCUCAGAGUUCUACAGCUCUUAUUCGUGUUGCAUUGUGCGCCGUCUCAGCGUUUUGCAGCUAUCAUUCUAUGUUCCGGUUACUGUCGCUGCCGGGUUUCUAGCUCUUAUUCUGUGUUGCAUUGUGCGCCGUCUCCAGCGUUUCUACCUUCAUUCUAUGUUCCGAUUUACUGCUCGCCUCCAGGUUUUUUCUGGCUCUUAUUCUGUGUUGCAUUGUUUACCGCCGUCUCCCAGGCGUUUCUACAGCUAUCAUUCUAUGUUCGAUUUACUGUCGCCUCCAGGUUUCUACAGCUCUUAUUCUGUGUUGCAUUGUGCGCCGUCUCCGUCGUUUCUACAGCUAUCAUUCUAUGUUAUGUUCGCUCUUAUUUUACUGUCGCCGUCUCCGGCAUUUUUCUUCUAUGCUCUUACUGUCGCCUGUUUCUGCUCUUAUUCUGUUGCGCCGUCUCCGUCGUUUCCUACAGCUAUCAUUCUAUGUUCGAUUUACUGUCGCCUCCGGUUUCUACAGCUCUUAUUCUGUGUUGCAUUGUGCGCCGUCUCCGUCGUUUCUACAGCUAUCAUUCUAUGUUCGAUUUACUGUCGCCUCCAGAGUUUCUACAGCUCUUAUUCUGUGUUGCAUUGUGCGCCGUCCGGCGUUUCUGUAUCAUUCUAUGUUCGAUUUACUGUCGCCUCCAGGUUUCUACAGCUCUUAUUCUGUGUCGCAUUGUGCGCCGUCGUCGUUUCUACAGCUAUCAUUCUAUGUUCGAUUUACUGUCGCCUCCAGGUUUCUGGCUCUUAUUCUGUGUUGCAUUAUUGCGCCGUCUCCGUCGUUUCUCGCCCUAUCAUUCUAUAUUUCGAUUACUGUCGCCUCAGGUUUCUACAGCUCUUAUUCUGUGUUUGCAUUGUGCGCCGUCUCGGCGUUUCUACCUUUAUCAUUCUAUGUUCGAUUUACUGUCGCCUCCAGGUUUCAGCUCUUAUUCUGUAUUUGCAUUGUGCGCCGUCUCGUCGUUUCUACAGCUAUCAUUCUAUGUUCAAUUUACUGUCGCCUCCAGGUUUCUGGCUCUUAUUCUUAUUCCGGCGUUUCACCUUAUCAUUCUAUAUUUCGUUACUGUCGCCUCCGUACAACUCUUAUUCUGUGUUGCGUUUCUCCGUACAGCUAUCAUUCUAUAUUCGAUUUUACUGUCGCCUCCAGGUUUUCUACAGCUCUUAUUCUGUGUGCAUUGUGCGCCCUCCGUCGUUUCAGCUAUCAUUCUAUGUUCGAUUUACUGUCGCCUCCAAGUUUCUGGCGCUCUUCUGUAUUCUGUGUUACAUUGCGUCUCCGUCGUUUCUACAGCUAUCAUUCUAUAUUUCGAUUUACUGUCGCCUCCAGAGUUUCUACAGCUCUUAUUCUGUGUUGCAUUGUGCGCCGUCUCCGGCGUUUCUACAACUAUCAUUCUAUAUUCGAUUUACUGUCGCCUCCAGAUUUCUACAGCUCUUAUUCUGUGUUGCAUUGUGCGCCGUCUCCGGCGUUUCUACAACUAUCAUUCUAUGUUCGAUUUACUGUCGCCUCAGGGUUUCUACAGCUCUUAUUCUGUGUUGCAUUGUGCGCCAUCUCCGUCGUUUCCACAGCUAUCAUUCUAUGUUCGAUUUACUGUCGCCUCGUUCUACAGCUCUUAAGCAUUUUCUCCGGCGUUCCAACUAUCUCUUCGUUACUGUCUGUACAGCUCUUUUGUCGCAUUGUGCGCCGUCUCCGGCGUUUCUACAGCUUAUCGUUCUAUGUUCGAUUUACUGUCGCCUCCAGGUUUCUACAGCUCUUAUUCUGUGUUGCAUUGUGCGCCGUCUCCGUCGUUUCUACAGCUAUCAUUCUAUGUUCGAUUUACUGUCGCCUCAGGAUUUCUACAGCUCUUAUUCUGUGUUGCAUUGUGCGCCGUCUCCGGCGUUUUUUACAGCUAUCAUUCUAUGUUCGAUUUACUGUCGCCUCCAAGUUUCUGGCUCUUAUUCUGUGUUGCAUUGUGCGCCGUCUCCGGCGUUUUACAGCUCAUUCUAUUCUACUGUCGCCUAUUUUUCUUAUUUUACUGUCGCCUCCAGCUAUCAUUCUAUGUUCGCGUUUUCGCCUACAGCUCUUAUUCUGUGUUGCAUUGUGCGCCGUCUCGUCGUUUCUCAGCUAUCAUUCUAUGUUCGAUUUUGUCGCCUCAGGUUUCUGGCUCUUAUUCUGUGUUGCAUUGUGCGCCGUCUCCAUCGUUUUUACAGCUAUCAUUCUAUGUUCGAUUUACUGUCGCCUCCAGGUUUCUACAGCUCUUAUUCUGUCUUGUUAUUCGCCGUCUCCGGCGUUUUCAUUCAUAUUUCGAUUUACUGUCGCCUCCAGGUUUCUAGCUCUUAUUCUGUUUUGCAUUUACUGUCUCGCCUAUCAUUCUAUGUUCGAUUUACUGCCUCCGGCUCUCUUAUUCUGUGUUACAUUGUGCGCCGUCUCCGGCCUAUCAUUCUAUGUUCAAAUUUACUGUCGCCUCCAGGUUUCUACAGCUCUUAUUCUGUGUUGCGUAUACGCCGUCUCCGGCGUUUCUACAACUAUCAUUCUAUAUUCCCGUUUACUGUCGCCUCAGGUUUCUACGCUCUUAUUCUGUGUUGCAUUGUGCGCCGUCUCCGUCGUUUCUAUCAUUCUAUGUUCGGUUACUGUCGCCUCCAGAGUUCUACAGCUCUUAUUCUGAUUUAUUGUCGCCGUUUCGGCGUUUCUACAGCUCUUAUUCUGUCGCCUGUUUCUGCUCUUAUUGUGCGCCGUCUCCGGCGUUUCACCGCUAUCAUUCUAUGUUCGAUUUACUGUCGCCUCCAGGUUUUCGCUCUUAUUCUGUUCGCCUCCACGUCGUUCUACAGCUAUCAUUCUGUAUUUCGAUUUACUGUCGCCUCCAGAGUUCUUAUUCUGUAUUUGCAUUGUGCGCCGUCUCCGGCGUUUCUGGCUAUCAUUCUAUGUUCGAUUUACUGUCGCCUCCAGAGUUUCUGGCUCUUAUUCUGUGUGUUGCAUUGUGCGCCGUCUCCGGCGUUUCUACGCUAUCAUUCUAUGUUCGAUUUACUGUCGCCUCAAGUUUCUAGCAGCUCUUAUUCUGUAUUUGCAUUGUGCGCCGUCUCCGGCGUUUCUACCUUCAUUCUAUGUUCGAUUUACUGUAGCCUCCAAGUUUCUACAGCUCUUCUGUGUUGCAUUGUGCCGUCUCCGGCAUUUUCUACUUCUAUCAUUCUAUGUUCGAUUUACUGUCGCCUCCAGAGUUUCUACAGCUCUUAUUCUGUGUUGCAUUGUGCGCCGUUUCCGGCGUCAUUCUAUGUUCGUUUCGCCUCCAAGUUUCUAGCUCUUAUUCUGCAUAUUUCGUCGUUUCUACAGCUAUUUCUAUGUUCAUUUUCUCGCCUCCAGAGUUUCUACAGCUCUUAUUCUGUAUUUGCAUUGCGCCGUCUCCAGUCGUUUCUACAGCUAUCAUUCUAUGUUCGGUUACUGUCGCCUCAGAGUUUCUACAAGCUCUUAUUCUGUGUUGCAUUGUGCGCCGUCUCCGGCGUUUCUACGCUAUCAUUCUAUGUUCGAUUUACUGUCGCCUCCAGGUUUCUACAGCUCUUAUUCUGUGUUGCAUUGUGCGCCGUCUCGUUAUGUUCGAUUUACUGUCGCCUCCAGGUUUCUACAGCUCUUAUGCCGUUCGUUUAUGUUCAUUCUGUAUUUUACUGUCGCCUCCAGAGUUUCUACAGCUCUUAUUCUGUGUUGCAUUGUGCGCCGUCUCGGCGUUUUCGCUCUCAUUCUAUGUUCGAUUUACUGUCGCCUCCAAGUUUCUACAGCUCUUAUUCUGUGUUGCAUUGUGCGCCGUCUCCGGCGUUUCUACCUUUAUCAUUCUAUAUUUCGAAAUUUACUGUCGCCUCCAGGUUUCACCAACUCUUAUUCUGUAUUUGCAUUAUUGCGCCGUCUCCGCAUUUUUCUACCUUUAUCAUUCUAUAUUCAUUUACUGUCGCCUCCAGAGUUUCUACAGCUCUUCUGUGUAUUUACAUUGUGCGCCGUCUCAGCGUUUCUACAACUUAUCAUUUCUAUUUCGAUUUACUGUCGCCUCCAGGUUUUCAGCUCUUAUUCUGUGUUUGCAUUGUGCGCCGUCUCGUCGUUUCUGCAGCUCAUCAUCUAUGUUCGAUUUACUGUCGCCUCCAGAAGUUUCUACAGCUCUUAUUCUAUGUGUUGCAUUGUGCGCCGUCUCGGCGUUUCUACAGCUAUCAUUCUAUGUUCGAUUUACUGUCGCCUCCAGGUUUCUGGCUCUUAUUCUGUGUUGCAUUGUGUACCCGUCUCCGGCGUUUCUACAGCUAUCAUUCUAUGUUCGAUUUACUGUCGCCUCCAGAGUUUCUACAGCUCUUAUUCUGUAUUUGCAUUGUGCCGUCUCCGGCGUUUCUGCACCUAUCAUUGUAUUUCAAUUUACUGUCGCCUCCAAAGUUUCUACAGCUCUUAUUCUGUGUUGCAUUGUGCGCCUCAGCAUUCCUACAGCUAUCAUUCUAUAUUCGAUUUACUGUCGCCUCCAAGUUUUCUCUUAUUCUGUCUUAUUGUGCGCCGUCUGUGUUUCUGCUUCAUUCUAUGUUCGAUUUACUGUCGCCUCGUUUCCGCUCUUAUUCAGCGUUUCUACAGCUAUCAUUCUAUGUUCGUUACUGUCGCCUCCAAGUUUCUAGCUCUCUUAUUCUGUGUUGCAUUGUGCGCCGUCUCCGGCGUUUCUACGUAUCAUUCUAUAUUGAUUUACUGUCGCCUCAGGUUUCUACAGCUCUUAUUCUGUAUUUGCAUUGUGCGCCGUCUCCGGUCGUUUCUGCGUAUCAUUCUAUAUUUCGAUUUACUGUCGCCUCCAGGUUUCUACAGCUCUUAUUCUGUGUUGCAUUAUUGCGUCUCCGGCGUUCUACCUUAUCAUUCAUGUUCGAUUUACUGUCGCCUCCAGGUUUCUACAGCUCUUAUUCUGUGUUGCAUUGUGCGCCGUCUCCGUCGUUUCUGGCCUAUCAAUUCUAUGUUCGUUACUGUCGCCUCCAGGUUUCUACAGCUCUUAUUCUGUGUUUGCAUUGUGCGCCAUCUCCGUCGUUUUCUAUCAUUCUAUAUUCGGUUACUGUCGCCUCGCAGGUUUCUGGCUCUUAUUCCAUUGUUUCGGCGUUUCUACAGCUAUCAUUCUAUGUUAUUUCUGUAUCGCCUCAGGUUGCUCUUAUUCUGUGUUGCAUUGUGCCGUCUCCGGCGUUUCUACCUUCUAUAAUUCUAUGUUCGAUUUACUGUCGCCUCCAAGUUUCUACAGCUCUUAUUCUGUGUUGCAUUGUGCGCCGUCUCCGGUUCGUUUACUGUCGCCUUCAGCUCUUAUUCUGCAUGUUCGUUUCACAACUAUCAUUCUGUUCGCCUCCAAGUUUCUACAGCUCUUAUUCUGUGUUGCAUUGUGCGCCGUCUCCGGCGUUUCUACCAUAUCAUUCUAUAUUUCGAUUUACUGUCGCCUCAGAACACCACAGCUCUUAUUCUGUGUUGCAUUGUGCGCCGUCUCCGGCGUUUUCUACAACUUAUCAUUCUGUGUUCGAUUUGCUGUCGCCUCCAGAGUUUCACAGCUCUUAUUCUGUGUUUGCAUUGCGCCGUCUCCGGCGUUUCUGUAUCAUUCUAUGUUCGAUUUACUGUCGCCUCCAGAGUUUCUACAGCUCUUAUUCUGUAUUUGCAUUGUGCGCCGUCUCCGGCGUUUCUACUAUCAUUUAUGUUGAUUUACUGUCGCCUCCAGGUUUCUACAGCUCUUAUUCUGUGUUGCAUUGUGCGCCGUCUCGGCGUUUCUACAACUAUAUUCUAUGUUCGAUUUACUGUCGCCUCCAAGUUUCUACAACUCUUAUUCUGUGUUGCAUUGUUGCGCCGUCUCCGGCGUUUCUACAACUAUCAUUCUAUGUUUCAUUUACUGUCGCCUCAGGUUUCUGGCUCUUAUUCUGUGUUACAUUGUGCGCCGUCUCCGCAUUUCUACGUAUUCUUCUAUGUUCGAUUUACUGUCGCCUCCAAGUUUCUACAGCUCUUAUUUCUGUGUUGCAUUUGUGCGCCGUCUCGGCGUUUCUACAACUAUUAUUCUAUGUUCAUUUACUGUCGCCUCCGGUUUCUACAACUCUUAUUCUGUGUUGCAUUGUGCGCCGUCUCCGGCGUUUCUACGCUAUUAUUCUAUGUUCGAUUUACUGUCGCCUCCAAGUUUCUACAACUCUUAUUCUGUGUUUGCAUUUGUGCGCCGUCUCCGGCGUUUCUACAGCUAUUAUUCUAUGUUCGAUUUACUGUCGCCUCCAGGUUUCUACAGCUCUUAUUCUGUGUUGUUGCAUUGCGCCGUCUCCGUCGUUUCUACAGCUAUCAUUCUAUGUUCGAUUUACUGUCGCCUCAAGUUUUCUGGCUCUUAUUCUGUGUUUGCAUUUGCGCCGUCUCGUCGUUUCUACAGCUAUCAUUCUAUAUUCGAUUUACUGUCGCCUCGGGAUUUCUACAGCUCUUAUUCUGUGUUGCAUUGUGCGCCGUCUCCGUCGUUUUCAGCUAUCAUUCUAUAUCACUGUCGCCUAUGUUCGUUUAUGUGUUGCAUUGUCGCCGUCUCCGUCGUUUCUACAGCUCAUUUAUUCUGUUACUGUCGCCUCAGGUUGUGCUCGCCGUUUCAUUGUCGCCGUCGUUUCUACCCUAUCAUUUCUAUAUUCGAUUGCCUGUCGCCUCAGAGGUUUCUACAGCUCUUAUUCUGUGUUGCAUUGUGCGCCGUCUCCGGCGUUUUACAGCUUAUCAUUCUAUGUUCGAUUUACUGUCCUCCAAGUUUCUACAGCUCUUAUUCUGUUUGCAUUGUGCGCCGUCGGCGUUUCUACAGCUAUCAUUCUAUGUUCGAUUUACUGUCGCCUCCAGGUUUCUACAGCUCUUAUUCUGUGUUGCAUUGUGCGCCGUCUCCGGCGUUUUCUACAUGUAUUAUUCUAUAUUUCGAUUUUGUCGCCUCCAAGCUCUUAUUCUGUUCUGCAUUGUGCGCCGUCUCCGGCGUUCUGUAUUAUUCUAUGUUCAUUUACUGUCGCCUCCGUCUCUUAUUCUGUGUUGCAUUUCUACGUUUCUAUAUCAUUCUAUGUUCGGUUACUGUCGCCUCAGAGUUCUACAGCUCUUAUUCUGUGUUGCAUUUUGCGCCGUCUCGUCGUUUCUACAGCUAUCAUUCUAUGUUCGAUUACUGUCGCCUCCAAGUUUUCUAGCUCUUAUUCUGUAUUUGCAUUGUGCGCCGUCUCCAUCGUUUUCAACUAUCAUUCUAUAUUCAUUUACUGUCGCCUUCUACAGCUCUUAUUCUGUGUUGCAUUGUGCGCCGUCUCGGCGUUUCUACAUAUCAUUCAUGUACGGAAUUUACUGUCGCCUCAAGUUUCUACAGCUCUUAUUCUGUGUGUUGCAUUGUGCGCCGUCUCCGUUUCUUCAUAUCAUUCUAUGUUCGAUUUACUGUCGCCUCAGGUUUUCACAGCUCUUAUUCUGUGUUGCAUUGUGCGCCGUCUCCGGCGUUUCUGCAACUAUUAUUCUAUGUUCGAUUUACUGUCGCCUCCAAGUUUCUGGCUCUUAUUCUGUGUUGCAUUGCGCCGUCUCCGGCGUUUUACUCUUUACUCUUAUUCUGUUUGCAUUGUCGCGUCUCCGGCGUUUCUACAGCUCUUAUUCUGUUGUUGCAGGUUUGUGCUCUUAUUCGUCUCGCGCGUCUCCGUUUCUACAGCUAUCAUUCUAUGUUCGAUUUACUGUCGCCUCCAGGUUUCUACAGCUCUUAUUCUGUGUUUGCAUUGUGCGCCGUCUCCGUCGUUUUCUACAGCUAUUAUUCUAUGUUCGUUACUGUCGCCUCCAAGUUUCUACAGCUCUUAUUCUGUAUUUGCAUUGUGCGCCGUCUCCGUCGUUUCUACAGCUAUCAUUCUAUGUUCGAUUUACUGUCGCCUCCAGUUUUCUACAGCUCUUAUUCUGUAUUUGCGUGUGCGCCGUCUCCGUCGUUUCUACAGCUAUCAUUCUAUGUUCGAUUUACUGUCGCCAGGUUUCUACAGCUCUUAUUCUGUGUGUUGCAUUGUGCGCCUUCUCCGUCGUUUUCUGGCCUAUUAUUCUAUGUUCGAUUUACUGUCGCCUCCAGAGUUUCUGCAGCUCUUAUUCUGUGUUGCAUUGUGCGCCGUCUCCGUCGUUUCUACAGCUAUCAUUCUAUGUUCGAUUUACUGUCGCCUCCAGGUUUCUACAUUCUCUUAUUUCUGUAUUUGCAUUGUUACUGUCGCCUCCAGAGUUUCGCUCUUAUUCUGUGUUGGCGUUUCACAGCUAUCAUUCUAUGUUCGGUUACUGUCGCCUCCAAGUUCUACAGCUCUUAUUCUGUGUUGCAUUGUGCGCCGUCUCGGCGUUUCACCGCUUAUCAUUCUAUGUUCGAUUUUGCUCGCCUCCAAGUUUCUACAGCUCUUAUUCUGUGUUGCGGUAAUGCGCCGUCUCAGCGUUUCUACAUAUCAUUCUAUGUUCCCGUUACUGUCGCCUCCAGAGUUUCUACAGCUCUUAUUCUGUGUUGCAUUGUGCGCCGUCUCGGCGUUUCUACCUUCAAUAUUCUAUGUUCGAUUUACUGUCGCCUCCAGAGUUUCUACAGCUCUUAUUCUGUGUAUCAUUGUGCGCCGUCUCCGGCGUUUCUACAGCUAUCAUUCUAUGUUCGAUUUACUGUCGCCUCAGAGUUUCCAGCUCUUAUUUCUGUGUUGCAUUGCCCCAUGUUCGCCGUCUCCCGUCGUUUCUACAGCUAUCAUUCUAUUUUGUACAGCUCUUAUUCUCAGGUUGCGGCGCCGUUUUCUACAGCUAUCAUUCUAUGUUCGAUUUACUGUCGCCUCCAGAGUUUCUACAGCUCUUAUUCUGUGUUGCAUUGUCCGGCGUUUCUACCCCCAUGUUCGAUUUACUGUCGCCUCCGUUUCUACAGCUCUUUAUUCUGUGUUGCGAGGCCGUCUCCGUCGUCGCCAUCAUUCUAUGUUCGGUUACUGUCGCCUCCAGGUUUCCACAGCUCUUAUUCUGUGUUGCAUUGUUGCGCCGUCUCCGGCGUUUUUACAGCUAUCAUUCUAUGUUCGAUUUACUGUCGCCUCCAGAGUUUCUACAGCUCUUAUUCUGUGUUGCAUUGUGCGCCGUCUCGGCGUUUCUACAGCUAUCAUUCUAUGUUCGAUUUACUGUCGCCUCCAGAGUUUCUACAGCUCUUAUUCUGUGUUGUAUUGCGCCGUCUCCGGCGUUUCUACAGCUAUCAUUCUAUGUUCGAUUUACCGUCGCCUCCAGAGUUUCUACAGCUCUUAUUCUGUGUUGCAUUGUGCGCCGUCUCCGGCGUUUUUUCCAGCUAUCAUUCUAUGUUCGAUUUACUGUCGCCUCCAGAGUUUGCGCCGUCUCCAUGCUCUAUAUUCUGUGUUGCAUUGUGCGCCGUCUCCGGCGUUUCUACAGCCAUCAUUCUAUGUUCAUUUGCUGUCGCCUCCAGAGUUUCUACAGCUCUUAUUCUAUGUUCGAUUUCUCCGUCGUUUCUACAGCUCCAGAUUUUCGAUUUCGUACAGCUCUUAUUCUGUGUUGCAUUGUGCGCCGUCUCCGGCGUUUCUACAGCUAUCAUUCUAUGUUCGAUUUACUGUCGCCUCCAGAGUUUCUACAUCAUUCUCUUAUUCUGUGUGUUGCAUUGUGCGCCGUCUCCGGCGUUUCUACAGCUAUCAUUCAUGUUCGAUUUACUGUCGCCUCCAGAGUUUCUGGCUCUUAUUCUUGUGUUGCAUUGGCCGCCGUCUCCGGCGUUUCUACAGCUAUCAUUCUCUGUUCGAUUUACUGUCGCCCAGAGUUUCUACAGCUCUUAUUCUGUGUUGCAUUGUGUGCCGUUUCCGGCGUUUCUACAGCUAUUCUGUGUUGAUUUACUGUCGCGCUACAGUCUUAUUCUGUGUUGCAUUGUGCGCCGUUCCGUCGUUUCUACAGCUAUCAUUCUAUGUUCGAUUUACUGUCGCCCAGAGUUUCCACAGCUCUUAUUCUGUAUUUGCAUUGUGCGCCGUCUCCGGCGUUUCUACAGCUAUCAUUCUAUGUUCGAUUUACUGUCGCCUCCAGAGUUUCUGCAUAGCUCUAUUCUGUGUUGCAUUGUGCGCCGUCUCCGGCGUUUCCACAGCUAUCAUUCUAUGUUCGAUUUACUGUCGCCCCAGAGUUUCUACAGCUCUUAUUCUGUGUUGCAUUGUGCGCGUCUCCGGCGUUUCACAGCUAUCAUUCUAUGUUCGAUUUACUGUCGCCUCCAGAGUUUCUACAGCUCUUAUUCUGUGUUGCAUCAGUGCCGUCUCCGGCGUUUCUACAGCUAUCAUUCUGUGUUCGAUUUACUGUCGCCUCCAGAGUUUCUACAGCUCUUAUUCUGUGUUUGCAUUGUGCGCCGUCUCCGGCGUUUCUGUACAGCUAUCAUUCUAUGUUCGAUUUACUGUCGCCUCCAGAGUUUCACAGCUCUUAUUCUGUAAGCUGCAUUGUGCGCCGUCUCCGGCGUUUCUUUACAGCUUAUCAUUCUAUGUUCGAUUUACUGUCGCCUCCAGAGUUUCUACAGCUCUUGUUCCCUGUGUUGCAUUGUGUGCCGUCUCCGGCGUUUCUUUACAGCUAUAUCAUUCUAUGUUCGAUUUACUGUCGCCUCCAGAGUUUUCUACAGCUCUUAUUCUGUUUGCAUUGUGCGCCGUCUCCGGCGUUUCCUACAGCCAUAUCAUUCUAUGUUCGAUUUACUGUCGCCUCCAGAGUUUCUACAGCUCUUAUUCUGUGUUGCAUCAGAGCCGUCUCCGGCGUUUCUACAGCUAUCAUUCUCCAUGUUCGAUUUCACUGUCGCCUCAGAGUUUCUACACAGCUCUUAUUCUGUGUUGCAUUGUGCGCCGUCUCCGUCGUUUCUACAGCCAUCAUUCUAUGUUCGAUUUCCAUUGUCGCCCAGAGUUUCUACAGCUCUUAUUCUGUGUUGCAUUGUGCGCCGUCUAUCGUUUCUAUGUUUCUGUCCCCAGCUCUUAUUCUGUGUUGCAUUGUGCGCCGUCUCCGGCGUUUCUACAGCUAUCAUUCUAUGUUCAUUUACUGUCGUCUCCAGAGUUUUACAGCUCUUAUUCUGUGUUGCAUUGUGCCGUCUCCGGCGUUUCUACAGCUAUCAUUCUAUGUUCGAUUUACUGUCGCCUCAGAGUUUCUACAGCUCUUAUUCUGUGUUGCAUUGUGCGCCGUCUCCGUCGUUUCUGCCAGCUAUCAUUCUAUGUUCGAUUUACUGUCGCCUCCCAGAGUUUUUACAGCUCUUAUUCUGUGUUGCAUUGUGCGCCGUCUCCGUCGUUUUACAGCUAUCAUUCUAUGUUCGAUUUACUGUCGCCUCCAGAGUUUCUACAGCUCUUAUUCUGUGUUGCAUUGUGCGCCGUCUCCGGCGUUUUCUACAGCUAUCAUUCUAUGUUCGAUUUACUGUCGCCUCCAGAGUUUCUACAGCUCUUAUUCUGUGUUGUAUCAGUGCGCCGUCUCGGCGUUUUUACAGCUAUCAUUCUAUGUUCGAUUUACUGUCGCCUCCAGAGUUUCUGCCAGCUCUUAUUCUGUGUUGCAUUGUGCGCCGUCUCCGUCGUUUUUACAGCUAUCAUUCUAUGUUCGAUUUACUGUCGCCUCCAGAGUUUCUGUACAGCUCUUAUUCUGUGUUGCAUUGUAGCGCCGGUCUCCGGCGUUUUACACAGCCAUCAUUCUAUGUUCGAUUUACUGUCGCCUCCAGAGUUUCCUACAGCUCUUAUUCUGUGGUUGUAUUGUGCGCCGUCUCCGGCGUUUUCUACAGCUAUCAUUCUAUGUUCGAUUUACUGUCGCCUCCAGAGUUUCUACAGCUCUUAUUCUGUGUUGUAUUGUGCGUCUCCGGCGUUUCUGCACAGCUAUCAUUCUAUGUUCGAUUUACUGUCGCCUCCAGAGCCUACAGAUCUUACAUUCUUAUUCUGUGUUGUAUGUGCGCCGUCUCCGGCGUUUUUUACAUCAUUCUAUGUUCGAUUUACUGUGUCCAGAGUUUCCAGCUCUUAUUCUGUGUUGUAUUGUGCGCCGUCUCCGGCGUUUUCUACAGCUAUCAUUCUAUGUUCGAUUUACUGUCGCCUCCAGAGUUUCUACAGCUCUUAUUCUGUGUUGUAUUGUGCGCCGUCUCCGGCGUUUUUCUGUUAUCAUUCUAUGUUCGAUUUACUGUCGCCUCCAGAGUUUCUACAGCUCUUAUUCUGUGUGGUAUUGUGCGCCGUCUCCGGCGUUUCUCACAGCUAUCAUUCUAUGUUCGAUUUACUGUCGCCUCCAGAGUUUCUACAGCUCUUAUUCUGUGUUGCAUUGUGCGCCGUCUCCGGCGUUUUACAGCUAUCAUUCUAUGUUCGAUUUACUGUCGCCUCCAGAGUUUCUACAGCUCUUAUUCUGUGUUGCAUUGUGCGCCGUCUCCGGCGUUUCUACAGCUAUCAUUCUAUGUUCGAUUUACUGUCGCCUCCAGAGUUUGCACAGCUCUUAUUCUGUUUUGCAUUGUGCGCCGUCUCCGGCGUUUCUACAGCUAUCAUUCUAUGUUCGAUUUACUGUCGCCUCCAGAGUUUCUACAGCUCUUAUUCUGUGUUGCAUUGUGCGCCGUCUCCGGCGUUUUUCUACAGCUAUCAUUCUAUGUUCGAUUUACUGUCGCCUCCAGAGUUUUUCAUACUGUGUUGCAUUCUUAUUCUGCCAUCAUUCUAUGUUCGAUUUUGUCGCGCCGUCUCCGGCGUUUCUACAGCUAUCAUUCUAUGUUCGAUUUACUGUCGCCUCCAGAGUUUCUACAGCUCUUAUUCUGUGUUGCAUUGUGCGCCUCCGGCGUAUUAUCAUUCUAUGUCUGAUUUACUGUCGCCUCCAGCUAUCAUUCUGUGUUAUUGUGCGCCGUCUCCGGCGACAGCUAUCAUUCUAUGUUCGAUUUGUCGUCCUCCAGAGUUUCUACAGCUCUUAUUCAAAGUUGCAUUGUGCGCCGUCUCGGCGUUUUUCUCGGCGCCAUCAUUCUAUGUUCGAUUUACUGUCGCCUCCAGAGUUUCUACAGCUCUUAUUCUGUGUUGCAUUGUGCGCCGUCUCCGGCGUUUCUACAGCUAUCAUUCUAUGUUCGAUUUACUGUCGCCUCCAGAGUUUCUUGCCAGCUCUUAUCUCUGUGUUGCAUUGUGCGCCGUCUCCGCGUUUCUACAGCUAUCAUUCUAUGUUCGAUUUACUGUCGCCUCCAGAGUUUCUACAGCUCUUAUUCUGUGUUGCAUUGUGCGCCGUCUCCGGCGUUUCUACAGCUAUCAUUCUAUGUUCGAUUUACUGUCGCCUCCAGAGUUUCUACAGCUCUUAUUCUGUGUUGCAUUGUGCGCUAUCCGUCUCCGUCCAGAAUUUCUAUGUCGCCUCCAGAGUUUUCUACAGCUCUUAUUCUGUGUUGCAUUGUGCGCCGUCUCCGGCGUUUCUACAGCUAUCAUUCUAUGUUCGAUUUACUGUCGCCUCCAGAGUUUCUACAGCUCUUAUUCUGUGUUGCAUUGUGCGCCGUCUCCCGUUUCUCAGUCAUUCUAUGUUCGAUUUACUGUCGCCCUCCAGAGUUUCUACAGCCUUAUUCUGUGUUGUACUGUCGCCGUUCCGGCGUUUCUACAGCCAUCAUUCUUCGAUUUACUGUCGUCCAGAGUUUUACCUUGCCAUCAUUCAUGUUGUUGCCGUCGUCCGUCGUUUCUACAGCUAUCAUUCUAUGUUCGAUUUACUGUCGCCUCCAGAGUUUCUACAGCUCUUAUUCUGUGUUGCAUUGUGCGCCGUCUCCGGCGUUUCUACAGCUAUCAUUCUAUGUUCGAUUUACUGUCGCCUCCAGAGUUUCUACAGCUCUUAUUCUGUGUUGCAUUGUGCGCCGUCUCCGGCGUUUCUACAGCUAUCAUUCCAUGUUCGAUUUACUGUCGCCUCCAGAGUUUCUACAGCUCUUAUUCUGGUUGCAUUGUGCGCCGUCUCCGGCGUUUUCUACAGCUAUCAUUCUAUGUUCGAUUUUACUGUCGCCUCCAGAGUUUCUACAGCUCUUUAUUCUGUGUUGCAUUGUGCGCCGUCUCCGUCGUUUCUACAGCUAUCAUUCUAUGUUCAGAUUUACUGUCGCCCUCCAGAGUUUCUACAGCUCUUAUUACAUUGUCGCCGCCUCCGGCGUUUCUACAGCUAUCAUUCUAUGUUCGAUUUAUCGUCGCCUCCAGAGCUCUUGUCUUGCUAUUCUGUGUUAUUGUUCCCGGCGUUUUCACAGCUAUCAUUCUAUUCGAUUUAUCAGUCGCCAGAGUCUGCCAGGCGUGUUUAUACAGUGCCGCUAUCAUUCUAUGUUCGAUUUCCACUGUCGCUCCAGAGUUUCUACAGCUCUUAUUCUGUGUUGCAUUGUGCGCCGUCUCCGGCGUUUCUACAGCUAUCAUUCUAUGUUCGAUUUACUGUCGCCGUCCAGAGUUUCUACAGCUCUUAUUCUGUGUUGCAUUUUGCGCCGUCUCCGGCGUUUCUACAGCUAUCAUUCUAUGUUCGAUUUACUGUCGCCUCCAGAGUUUCUACAGCUCUUAUUCUCAGGUUGCAUUGUUCGCCGUCUCCGGCGUUUCUACAGCUAUCAUUCUAUGUUCGAUUUACUGUCGCCCAGAGUUUCUACAGCUCUUAUUCUGUGUUGUAUUGUGCGCCGUUCUCCGGCGUUUCUACAGUCAUCAUUCCAUGUUCGAUUUACCGUCGCCUCCAGAGUUUCUACAGCUUAUUCUGGUUGCAUUGUGCGCCGUCUCCGGCGUUUCCACAGCUAUCAUUCUAUGUUCGAUUUACUGUCGCCUCCAGAGUUUGCACAGCCUUACAUUGGUGCGCCGUCUCCGGCGCUUUAUUCUGUGUGUCGUAUCAUUGUGCGCCGUCUCCGGCGUUUUUACGUUUCGAUUUACAGCUAUCAUUCUGUGUUGCAUUGUUCCGUCUCCGCGUUUUUAA